AUGUGGCGGUGGAUCCGGCAGCAGCUGGUAGGUGGGGCGUUGGGGUGGGGAGGGGUCUCUCCUUAGGAAAAGGGGGGUCGCUUUUGCCCCUCACUGAGGAAAGUGUGUGUAUGGGGGGGUCCUCUUCAACUUUCUUUUCUCUCUUCAUUCGCCCCCUCCCUCGUUUUUCUGAGGCGGGUGUCACACCUGGUCCCGUUCCCAUCCUUUUUUGGGGGGGGGGCUCUUCAGCUUUCUCUUCUCUCUUUCUUCGCCCCCUCCCUCUUUUUCUGAGGGGGUGUCACACCUGGUCCCGUUCCCAUCCUUUUUUGUGGGGGGGGGGUUCCCUGCAACUUUCUCUUCUCUCUUACUUCGCCCCCCUCCCUCUUUUUCUGAGGCGGGUGUCACACUUGGUCCCGUUCCCAUCCUUUUUGGGGGGGGGGCUCUUCAGCUUUCUCUUCUCUCUUUCUUCGCCCCCUCCCUCUUUUUCUGAGGGGGUGUCACACCUGGUCCCGUUCCCAUCCUUUGGGGGGGGUUUCCCCUGCAACUUUCUCUUCUCUCUUACUUCGCCCCCUCCCUCUUUUUCUGAGGCGGGUGUCACACUUGGUCCUGUUCCCGUCCUUUUUUUGGGGGGGGUGUCCUCUCCUCACUCCCUCCCCUCAAAUAAUAUACUGUAUUCUCUCUCCCCCUCCCUCCUUUAUUCUUGCCUCCAUUAGUUUCUUGCUUUCUUUCUCUCCCCGCCCCACUUGUUACUUUUCCAGUGGUGAAAGGGGGGGCUAACUCCCUUCCCCCCCCAAAAUAUCCUGCCUGCUUUCAACUUCAGCACCUGCUAAGUGGGUCCUCUUUCUGCCCACCUCACCCAUCUUUUUGCGCCCUGUUCCCUUUAAGUUUUUAGGACUAAGCCUGAAAUGGUUUUUCUUAAGGGUGCGCCAGUUUGCACAUGCAUGUGUGCUCUCUGGGGAGAUGUGGGACAUCUUGUAGCUAGCUUCCUGCUCAGUGACAAAUCUGAGUUUGCCCAGCCUAGUGUGUUUAAAAACGCUUCCUUGUGGUUUGUGACGGCUGCAUCUUCUUUUUUUCUCUUUCUGCUCGCUUUUUUCUCUUUCUGCUCGCUCUUUCUGCUCGCUGCUCGCUCCCCACAGGUGCAAUUUCCUACUUUCAAAUUUAAGCAUAUUGGUUGAGUCAGUUUAGUAGCAGUAGGUGAGGGAAACAGAUAUGAGGAAAGUUAGAUGGGGGGCCAGGUGGAGAAGGAAGUAGCCUGGGGGUACUCACAAGCCUGAAGGUGUUUGUGGGGGCAAGAUUUUUACUCUACAACGGGACCUAUAACUUUAUUUAAUAUUGAAUGUAAUAUUUUAUUUUCCAUUAUUCCUUCUAGAGAGUAGACACUUAGGAUCCCGUUGUUUCUUGAAUGAAUCAUGGGGUGAGGUCUGCAGUUCUUGGGCAGAUGAUAACAGCUUGCAAUUGCCAGCAAGUUCUGGCUUUUUAACCAAGAUAUUACGAUUCAAAAUAAUUUGUAUCUGAUCCAAGAAUGCAACUAUGAUAAAUGGCAGUGAUAUUUGCCGGGAAGUCAUUGUUGGAGCCUUUCCUGAUUGCUUGACCAGGGAUUAGGAUCACUUUUGUACAAUGGCAAAAGUUUAAGCCUAUUGGAAGUUUGUAAAUACUGUAUUUGAAUAAGAUUCUUUUGGCUGCUACAGGCUGCAAGCCAACUUCAAAAAGUUUUAGAAAGCUCUGGUACAGAGGGUCAGGACUGUUGUCUCUUGCCCAUUUCCCUCUUAGAAGAAUAAAAAUUUUAUUUAUACCCCGCCCACCUGGCUGGUUUUCCCCCACCACUCUGGGCGACUCCCAAGAGAUUAAAAACAGAAUAAAACAUCAAACAUUAAAAACUUCCCUAGACAGGGAUGCCUUCAGAACAAGAGAGAGAGAAGAUUAUCUUCUAACAGCUUCAUUUCUCAAUACUCAGGCUCUUGAAAACUGUUACAACAAAAUAAGUAAAGUAAUAAAUGUAAUUCAAAAUGCAACAACUUCCUGCUUUUUGGAACAAAGUGUUGGAUUGAUAGUAAUGACUUAAGGGGAGUUGCGUCCUAAUGCGUUACACGCCUACACAACAGUGACGUGAUAUGGUAACAGACAGUAAAUCUGCAGCUUGUUUACAAGGGAAGAAACAACUAUUGAUAUCAGCUGUCUGCUCAUAUAAGUCAUCUAGGAAGUAAACCACAACAAUGUACUUAAAUUUAUAGAACGCUAUACUAAAUGAACAGGGAUGCGGGUGGCGCUGUGGGUAAAACCUCAGCGCCCAGGACUUGCCGAUCGUCAGGUCGACGGUUCGAAUCCCCGCGGCGGGGUGCGCUACCGUUGCUCGGUCCCAGCGCCUGCCAACCUAGCAGUUCGAAAGCACCCCCGGGUGCAAGUAGAUAAAUAGGGACCGCUUACUAGCGGGAAGGUAAACGGCGUUUCCGUGUGCUGUGCUGGCUCGCCAGAUGCAGCUUGUCACGCUGGCCACGUGACCCGGAAGUGUCUUCGGACAGCGCUGGCCCCCAGCCUCUUAAGCGAGAUGGGCGCGCAACCCCAGAGUCGGACACGACUGGCCCGUACGGGCAGGGGUACCUUUACCUUUUUAUACUAAAUGAAUAAAAACGUUUCAAGUACAGUAUCUUACAUUUGCUUAGAUCCUGUUCAUUUUGCAAUUGAUUAUAUUUGCAUUUACUGCAUAGCUUAGCUUUUAUACCAUGGUUAAAGCAGCAUGUGGUGGUUUAUUUAUAAAUAUCCUAGGAAUCUUUAUAAUUGUUCUAAAAGAAUUUGAGAGAGGCAGCUUUUUGCAAACUGCCCAUAUAGUGAUGCAUUUUCAGUUGGAGCUUCAGUUUAUAUUGGUUGUCAGUCCAAUGAUACUUUAUCGCAUUGGGAUGAUACUAGGAACAAUUCUUUAUGAAAGGGUUAUUUUUGUCCCUGUGCAGUUUGCUAAUCUGUUGUCUAGGAUGGAUUCUUUUUUAUUAUACUACAGCUGUUGGGAAAGGUUUUUCAGAUUUUUUGGUUUAUCUUGGCUGCCUUAAUAUUUUAGAUAUGACUGAUACUUGGUCUUAUAUUUCACUUACAUAUAGCUGUUUUUAUUUAUGGGUUCAUCUAACUAAUAGCUUCCUAACACAACAAUCUUGAAACUAUUGUAUGUGUGUAGGGUGGCACUAGCAUGCUAUGAUAGAUCUGCCAAUGGGCUGUGAGAAAUAGCUUAAAGAGUCACGUGAGCCGAAGGCACCCAACCAGAUGCUUCUCUGUACUGUACAGUUCACUCCUCUGGCUUUUGCCUUCUUCCAAGUCAGCUGUCAUGCUCAGAACAGUGACUCUCUUAGAAAAAACAUGUGGUAGACUCCUCUAGUGUGACUCAGUUUAAGCUUUUCUGCAUCUGAGUGCAGUGUGUCUCUCAUUUUAAUUCAGAAAAGCAAACCCUGAGUUUUAAAUAAUAUUAGCUACACUGGGCACUCUCUGUGGAAAGGCAAGCAUAAAGUUGUACAUCUCAGCAGUGGGAACCCUGCUCUAAACAGGGAGCAGAGAAAUAUAAUUAUUUUUAGUUGCAUUUAAUAGUUCACAUUUUGGCCCCCUGGCCGUUAUAUUUAACUGUACUAUGUCAGUUUUAUGACCAAAAGUUUUAUGUGUGUUUGGUGGAGGGAACUUGGUUUUUAACUUUUGCCUUUUUAAAAAAACGAACAAAUCUUUGGUUGUGUAUUUUGGCCACUUGCAUAUGAACAACCAGAUAUCUUUUCCUUUUAACAUUACAAUGAGUAAUUUUUACAUGGGGCUAACUUUAUUCAUUCAUUAUUACGAUAUUACCAGAUACUACAGUGGUACCUCGGGUUAAGUACUUAAUUCGUUCUGGAGGUCCGUUCUUAACCUGAAACUGUUCUUAACCUGAAGCACCACUUUAGCUAAUGGGGCCUCCAGCUGCCGCUGCGCUGCCGGAGCACGAUUUCUGAUCUCAUCCUGAAGCAAAGUUCUUAACCCGAGGUAAUAUUUCUGGGUUAGCAGAGUCUGUAACAUGAAGCGUCUGUAACCCGAGGUACCACUGUAUAAUAAGCUAAAUGUGGUGCUGAGAGAAUGCUUUAUCUGCAAGCUCAAAAGCUGGGGGUUUUGCAUGUAAUAAAUGCAUGUUUGAUAGACUUGUUUUUUUGCAGACUUCUACCCUCAUGGGAGAGCUCCUUUUGUUGGGAUAGUCAAUUUUCUUAGCUUUCAAAUUGCAGCGCUUAUUACCUGUGAUAUCCCACAUGGCUAUUCCUUCAAAGCCAGGUUGUUCUCUUCCUCUGUUUUUGUUGUUGUUGUGGGUUGCUGCUGCUGCAGCAGCAAGGUACAUAACACUUCCUGAAUAGCAGGGAAGAAGAAUAACUCAUCAAGGUGUGGAGAUGAAUGUUCCUUGAAUAGGGAAGAGAUACCUGUCAGUAGAGACAAGGUGUGGGUAGCAUACUUGUUGAAAACACAGUGGGAAGAAUGUUUACUUGCUUGCUUUGGAUUUGAAAAAAAGGUGUAAGCUGAGCAAGAGUUGAAUUUGUGUGUUGGAAGCAGCAGUUCAUAAGGAGGAUUUAUUAAAAUUUAUUAAAAUUAGUGUUUCAGUACAAUAAGGCAGGGAAUUUAAAGUUAAAGGCAAUUAGUUCCUUUAGCCUCAUCGAACUUCAGGCAUCCCUGGGGUCCAGACUAGACCCCCCAUGGUGAACAAUUUGAUGUGAUGGAUGGGAUACUUCAUGGCAUAGGGUCUUGAAUUGUAAGAUCUGGCAUAGGGUCUUGAAUUGUAAGAUCAGUGUGCCCCGUUGAAACCAAUAGCUGUUCCACUCCUCCAGCUUGUCACAAUAGCACUUGCAAUGGCUAUAUAGGGAGCUUGUGUGUGUGCACUUGCCAAAGAUUGGCUAUCUGCAGUGCAAAGUAGAAGAGUCGGCACAGUCGAUUGUUCUGAAAUUGGAUUAAAAUCCAAGGCUUAAUGCAGUUGCCAAGAGUGUAGAAGUUAGGUCAGAUUCAGCAUGAAUAAAAUUUUGAGCAACCAUAGCAAAGAGGAAGGUUUGAUAACUUAAUUAUUUCAUUUAUUUAACCGGAUUGUUUUUGUAGCAUCCAGAUAAUACCAUUUACCUAUUUGCAUUUUCAUUCCUUGAGAAAUGGAAUGGUGGUUCUUUCCUAUUGCUCCCUUUUAAUUCUGAACUCUGAUGGUGAAUACCAUAAAAUGGAGCCAAAAUGGGGUCACUGAGAAGCCAGAAGGGAAAAAUCUGCAUUCUUGUGGGAAACCUGAUAGUUACAAAAAGUACAUUAAAAAUAUAUUAAAAAACCCAUACCCACCUUAAGAGCCCAAUGAGGACUGAGCAUGCCCAGCAAAGUACUGUGUAAUAAGCGUAUUGUAUGUUUGUUGGGGGGGAGGAGGGGAAUUGAAAAGCAGGUGGGGUGGAAUUGAAUCUCCUAGUGGAGAACAAGGUUGGUUGGAACUCUGAACAACGGAACUCCUAACAUUUGUUGCAGGUCCCACUUGUAUUAUUAUUAAUGAGAUUCCAGCUACAGAACACUUAUGAUUGGGGUGAGGAAAAUCAGGGGUCAAAAGCACCUUCCCAAGCAACUUGGAAGGAUAUAGAAUCCCAAAAUUAUUUUAUUUUCUAAGGAAAAUGGUCACUGAUUUUUGCCAGAGUGUUAUAUCAUGUACCACUGGCUUAUUAGCAUUUACUGUCUUGCAAAGAAGCCACUUCUAGUGUCUCACUGUUUCUAAUAAUUGAAAGAGUUGUUUGCUUUCAUUAUAAUGCAUAAACAUGUACGACUGUGCUGUCAGAAUGUCCAAACAGAAUAACAAUUGCACAGCUUUGCAAACAGGCACCAAGAUCUGCAAAUGCUUUGCUAUAGAGUUCGGUUAGGAAGUAGGAGUUUUUCUUUACAGUGUUCUUUUACUCCUCCUAAUUUAUAUAAUAAAGGAGAAUGAUAAUCACAAUUUAUUGUACAGCUGUUAAACGCCUACAUCUAGCACUUCUGUAUGGCAAUGAGCACUACAGUUUCUAUAUACACAGUUUAAUCUUGUGUCUAUGAUUUUUUUUAUUCUAUGUGUUCCUUUCAUAUGUUUACUGUAUAUCCUGCCUUUCUCCACCAAGUGUACAUGAGGCAUCUCACCAUAGAAAAAAGGACUGGUAUAGCAAAAUGAUAAUAUAACACUGUGGCAUGCAGUGACAGGGGCCAAGUGUACAUGGCUGCCACAACUGGGAAGGCCCCUCCUUUCUGCCCAUCCAUAACAUCUCAGAUGGCAAGGGCACACAGAGGACAGUCUCCAUAGAGGGGCAGAGUUCUCAAGCUUGUUCAUAUGCAAGGAGGUGAUUCAGAGAUGCCCUGGCCUCAGACAGUUAGUUGAUUUAAAGGUCAAAGCCAGUGCAUUAAAUCCAGUCCAGGAACAAAUUGGCUGUCAGCGCAGUUAGUAAAGGAUUGGAGUAAUAUGCUCUGAUCUCAUAGUCCCUUCCCAAACCCUGGGAACCCCAUGGGGAGCAUGUUACAGUAGUCCAACUUGGAGGAGACUAGAGAAUGAAUGAAUGAAUGACUGACUGACUGACUAAACUAAGUUUGGUUCCUGCUCAGAAGCAUGCAGCUGUCUUUCCAGAUCAACCUGAUUAGAGACAAUUCUACCCCACACCUGAGUAUCUAGGAGUACUCUGAAAUGGCAAAUCUCUUACUUUAGAGGAAAUAUAACCCCAAUCAGGACAAGUUGAACACCACUCCAGGGGUCAUCAAAUUUCCCAGUCAACAGUACCUCCAUCUCAUUUGGAUUAAGUCACCACCACCACCAAAUCUGUCUGGUCCAAAAUGGCAUUAUUCAGUUAUACAGUGAGAAAACUUUUCACAUCCUCAUGUUAUGUGUAGAAAUUUGAGAGAAAACAUCAGGAUACAAAUUUGUCACUAUAUGAGUCUAAAUCUACUUUUCGCCAGGAUUAAUCUUUGUUCUAUAAUUCUAAUCAUCAAAAAGCAGAAGUAUCUGUAGGCAUUACUUUUUCAAAAUAUUUUUGUAUUUUCAUUUAAAUUGAUUCUGUGACAGUUUACAAAAAAAAUAACGCAGUACAUAAGAGCAACGUAAUGGAAUUUUAAAAAUCUAAUAUUGUAAUGGAGAUACAGAGCUGGUACUAGAAUAAGGAAAGGAGGAAAUAAAUAAGAUGAAUUCCAGAAGUUCAAGAUCCUACAGCAGUUGUUGGAGUCAUUUCAAGUCCCAUUUCUAGCACUGAAGUAUUAGUAGAAUGGCUAGGAGUGAGCCCACUGGGUUAUUCUUGUAUUGCAAACAGACCUAGUGGUAAAAAAGAUUUUAGAUAUUGUAAAAACGUUGCUGUCACUGGGAGAAACCUUUCCGAAAGCUGAUAUGUAUGCUGUAAAUGGAAUGCUAGGCAUGGGCUUCAGGUUCUUGGUUUCACAUGCUUCCUUUGCGGUGAAUGCAGAUAAGAAAGUCUCGGCCAUAGUUCACCUUUUCCCAGUAGGAAUAAUAGUGACUUAACUGGACUAUUGUGAGGAGUACGAAGAGAUAAGGAGCGCUAUGUAAAUGAAAUUCAGUGCUGCUUAUCGGCAGUGAAGGAGCCAGUAACCUUCUCUAGCCUGAGUGAAUUUGUGGAAAGUUGCAUAACAUGCUAGGUGCAGCUAUUUGUGCAGAAAAGCCCAGCCAAAUUGGAAAGAAGCAGUUAGCAAGCCAGCUGCACUGAUUCAGUAAUAAAUACUGUGUUAAUAGACAUUGGUUUUGAAGCAUGAGCCCUGGAUAAGCUCCUGUAGUGUUGUGCGGGACGUUGGAAGCAAAGUGGUGGAGAAAGGGUGGAUUCCUCAAGGCAACCAAGUUUUAUCCAUUUUGAAAUUCUUAUAUUUCUUGAGCAGGCAUGCAUACUAACUAGUUGCUAUAACAAAAAGCAUAUUGGUUAGGAGUUAAAUUGAGCAUUUGUAUAAUCCAAGAGCGUGUUUGGAAGCGUUGUAAAUAUCCACAAAUUUGAGAACUGAAUAGAUUGCAGAGGUGUUUGGAAGGACAUGGAAUGAGUACAAAAUUUCAUCUCUAGAAGUUCUCUAGAAUACUAGUCUUCAGCUGGUGGGCCAGGAGCUUAGGACCCACUAGUGGGUUGUGGCCUGGUCCAUGCCAUUAUAUGGUAAAAGUUUAAAGUAUUGGUACCCAAAGGAAUGUUUGUCCUGGGUCUGAAGAGCUUGAUGACACCUGCUCUAUAUGAUCCUGGUGAAAUCACCUGUGCUAACUUGCUAUUCAACAAGUUCAUUAGGAAGCCCAGUAUAAAAACAACCUGCAAUUCAUUGUGUCAUUCAAGAGUACUUCAUGUCUGUUUCUUUAUGGGUGUUUCCAUAGAAAAGCAGCCUUUAAUUUUAAAUGUGUAUGAGGAAGAGAGGGUUUUCGUGUUCUAAGGAUUUAGUCUUAAUGUGGUUUAAGUAAGGCUUAGUCUUAUUGAAAUCUCAUAUUACUAUUAUUAUUAUUAUUAUUAUUUUAAAAAUGAACUUUAUUUCACCCCGGGUGGAGAGAGCCUGGCUCAUCCCUGGCUGUUGAUUGGGCAUCUGCUUUAGUUCUCCAGCUUUCCUUAAGCUUAAGGCAAAGCUAGGAAAAUAGCUGCCUCCAUGCAGCCUGGAGAAUGGGGCUCAUCCACACUUCCCUUUGCUCUGCAUUUCUAGGCACAUGUCUGAGCUUUCCAGGUCUGGUGGUGGUGGUUUGCACUGGCUCUUUCCCCACGAAAACCCAUUCUUUACCACUGAAUUGGAGCAAACAGCAAUCUGCAGAAAACCUGAAUUUGACUUUUGCUCCAAUUCAGCAGUAAAGAGUGGGUUUUCGUGUGGAAAGUGGUAAGCAGUGGGACAAAAAAAUCAAAACCGAAAGUGCUCAGAUACUGACCAGGAGAGUGCAGAUCUGGGCUUAGAAAGCACAAGGCAAAAGGUAAGUGCAGAUGAGCCCUGAGCCAGGUGUUGAACUGAAUUAAACACAGGAGAUCACAGGUUGCAGCUGUUAAAAGUAGCCUGAAGGAGACAAAACUUGCUGCACUUUCAAGGGAAAGCAUUUAGAAGCACUUACGUCUGAGCAUCCCCUGAAGCUUGAUUUAACUUAACCUAACCGAAGGCAUCUCUGAGUCUGAAAGAAGGGUGGAUUUUUAAACUGCUAUUGAGCUUCCUUUUGAAACAACUAGCUAGUUCCUGAUAAUGUGCAGUAAUCCUAAUAGGUCAGCCUUUCUGCUGGGGAUUCUGGCAUUGUUACAUCAUUUAUGUGGAACAGAUGGUGAGGGUUCUGGCGGCGACAGUGGCUGAAUAAAGGAUAUCCCUGGCUUGGCUCCAUGAAUUCUCAGUGGUCUGUGGUCCCUUGAGCUUCACAAUAACAUGUAAUUGGAGCAUCACAUAAAGCUAGAGUCAUUUGAGAAUCAGUCUGGUUUAUAACAACACCUGAAACGUAUUGCCGUGCUUCACACUCAUCCUGUACUGAGUUGACUCUGUGUGUAUAAGAACAAGUGUCUUCAUUUGUGUCAUGAAAGAUGGAGAAGCUGUUUUUCCCCUCUGAUAUUGCGCACAAGCAUUGCCUUUGCUGUAGUCAUUUUACAGAUGUUCCAUUCAUAAAUCUCUUCUCAUUUUACUUGUCCUUUUGUUAUUGGUCCCAGCUACUGCUGUUGUCUUUCUCCCUGAAGCGGACACUCUGUUCUAUAAACAUUUAGCUUGCCUUUCGUUGGCUUCCUGUUUAAUGUAAAAACUCCCCUUUAAAAAAGCAGUAAGGUAAAAGGUAAAGGACCCCUGGACGGUUAAGUCCAGUCAAAGCUGACUAUGGGGUUGCAGCGCUCAUCUCGCUUCAGGCCAAGGGAGCCGGCAUUUGUCCACAGAAAGCUUUCUGGGUCAUGUGGCCAGCAUGACUAUGCCGCUUCUGGCGCAAUGGAACACUGUGAUGGAAGCCGGAGCACAUGGAAACACUGUUUACCUUCCCACCACACAGUAGUAAUGUGCAGGUCAGAUAUUUCUGCUUGUUCCACAAUACUAGGCAUACAUUUGGAAAAUAAAUUUAUAAAGUAAGCAUCACUUAGGCUGCAUCUGGGAACAGAUACAGCUGAGAAUUUUCCAAGUAUUAUUUGUCAGCCAGCUGCUUUUCUGCACUCAAACCUCUUUUGUGUGCCAAUUUUCAAUAUAGCCAACUUGUUAUUUGUAUCUUUCGCCAUGCUGGCACAAACAACUGCGCAGCAUCCUCUUUGCAGGGGUGAGUUGGCAGUGCAUAUGGAUAUGCAGAGAUUACCGCAAAUGUUCCUUAAAAAGUUACUUUUAUUAAUUAUUUAAUGAAUAAAUUGUUUCCCAUGAGGCAUCCUGAAGUAAAAACAUACAGUUGGGAAGUCAUGUUGGUCUGACGCAGUAGAAAUAUAUAUAAAAAUAAUAACAACAAAAAAAUAAAAAAUUGUCCAGUAGCACCUUAGAGACCAACUAAGUUUGUUCUUGGUAUGAGCUUUCGUAUGCAUGCACACUUCUUUAUAUACCAUUAUACACACACACACACACACACACACACAGAGAGAGAGAGAGAGAGAGAGAAAAUACUUAAAUAUAUGAAAGCAGCUAAAACACCUGCAUGUUUAAAUGCAGUUCAUAUAUAACCAGUAUGAAAAACACUAAGUGUGCACACACACAAUGUGAAAAUAACUUAAAAUUCAAUAUAGAUAUCAACUUGUUUAUCCCACAUCUUCAUGAAAAUUAGUUUGACUGAGAGAGAGUGCUACAUUUGAAAGGGAUGUUCACAAUGUCUAUGUAUGGUACCUGCAAAAUUCCCCCAUUGGUGAUGAUUUAUUUAUCGUGUAUAUUUUAAAAAAAUUCUUAGAUGUUUUUCAUUAAAAGAUUCAACACAGCAUAUAUAUACAGUUUAAAACUUAACAAAUAAAAAUGCAACCAGACAAAAAAAAAUCAAAAGCUAGGAACAAUAUAAAACAAUUCCAAAGAUCAUCUAUGUUCUGAAAUCAUCUAUGUUCUGAAAUCAUCUAUGUUCUGAAAUGUCUGGGCAAAUAGGAAGGCUUUCAGAUACCUUUACUAGCAAAUUUGCUGGGAAAAUCUGAAGUCUCCCAUAUUAAAUACCUUUAGGUCAAAUGAUAAUAAACUGACCAUGGCAAAGUUUCUUUCGGAGGUCGCAAUAAACAAAGAUCAUCAUGCUCUAGACAUAACAAAAUGACUACCUUGGUCUCUUUUGCCUGAUGUUUGGUUGUUUUAACUGUAUCUUGUUUGGAAACUGUUUUGUGGGUCUAUGGACCGCUAUAAAGGUAUUUGAUUUGAUCCCUGUCCAGCUUCUAUAGCCUAGAUUAUUUACAAUGGUAUUUUGAAUCUUUCACUAUAUGAAUGCAACUUUGCAAAUGAACUAUUGAGUAGGCCCAGUUCUCUCCAUGGGACUUAACUAUUCCAUCUAGGAUUUGUGAAAGUGUCUCCUGAAUCUUUUGGAAACUUCCAUAUUCAUAGAGCUUCCACUUGCAAUAUGAAUUUUGUCAGCCAGUGCUGUCCAGUGCUACACACUUGGGAGUGUAGGAAUAUUUCUCGGGAACAUCUGCAUAAGAGUAAUUUCCAAGAUCCUGUGCUGCCUACCCUGCCCCAUCUGUAUGCUUGUGUGUGAGGUGAUAUGCCAGCGCGUCUUGCCAAGUGCACGGUUUACAUUUUUUAUCAAUUCAAUUGAAGGACAAAGUGUUCACCUCAAGCAGUGUGAAAUCAAAGAGUCUUGUGGGCCGCAGACAAUUACUGCUUAAACUUCCCCCCAAAAUGUGUCUUUCUUUUUAAACAUGGCCCAACACAUUUGUAAGGUCAGUUCAGGGUGUGAGUGAAUAUUAUGGAAUCAUAACUGUUUAAGGUGGAGCAAAGCUUAAAGAUCAGUGCUUAUCUUUGUUAGUUACGGAAUUGUUUUCUUUUGUAUCACAGUUAACUAUGGACUGGUGGUGGCUCUGAUCCAGGGAUGUUUGCACUAAUGGGGCUCCCGUGGUGUGGAUCAUUUUAGAAUCAUAGAGUUGGAAGAGACCACAAGGGCCAUCGAGUCCAACCCCCUGCCAAGCAGGAAACACCAUCAGAGCACUCCUUACAUAUGGUUGUCAAGCCUCUGCUUAAAGACCUCCAAAGAAGGAGACUCCACCACACUCCUUGGCAUUUUGCUAUAGGCAUUCAAAGUUCAGACAGACAGACAGACAGACAGAUAGAUAGACAGAUUUCAAUAUAUAACAAUUACAAAAAAGAGAAAAAAGAAUACUAAAACAAAAUCCCAACUCUUUCUCUCCCCCCGCCCCGGGACAUAAUAAGUUCAGUAAACUUGUUCUCUGUGGGUGGGCUUUACUUUCCCCUCUUCACAAGAUAAAAAUUUGUAAUAAAAGCUGACAAUAUUGACUGACUUUAGGGGAACUACAUGUACCUGCUUCUCAGGGUUCAAAAUUAGCAGGGCACCAGGCGCAUUUUGCAUCUAAAGAUUCUCGCAUUUGCGAGCACCUCAAAAAGUCUGUGUGCCAUUUUUUGUGCCUGGCUGACACUCAAAGAUUACUGAAAUGCAUGCACUUUGAAGCCUUGAAGUAUAUGUUAAGGAUAGACAAUAUGUUAAGGAGUUUAACAAUAAAGAGUAGAAUGUUUUGAAAGCAAGUAUGGUAGCAAUAUUUUUAUUGUAAACACCAAAUUAAACAUGUAUUAACAAUUUCUGCUAAACAUGUGAUAUUAACAAUGUGUCACUUAUGCGAAUUGUGUAUUAAUUCAUGCUUAUCAAAAUAAGAAAUAAAAAGUGUUGCUGACGCGUCCACCCCCCCCAGGGCAACUAGACAUUCUGUUUUGGCGCCUGAUACCAGGUCCCAGAGUGGCGCUGUGGGUUAAACCACAGAGCCUAGGACUUGCCAAUCAGAAGGUCGGCGGUUCAAAUCCCCGCGAUGGGGUGAGCUCCCGUUGCUCAGUCCCUGCUCCUGCCAACCUAGCAAUUCAAAAGCACGUCAAAGUGCAAGUAGAUAAAUGGGGACUGCUCCGGCGGGAAGGUAAACGGCGUUUCCGUGUGCUGUUCUGGUUCGCCAGAAGCGGCUUAGUCAUGCUGGCCACAUGAUCCGGAAGCUGUCUGCGGACAAACGCCAGCUCCCUCGGCCUAUAAAGCGAGAUGAGCGCCACAACCCCAGAGUCGGUUACGACUGGACCUAAUGGUUAGGGGUCCCUUUACCUUUACCUUUACCAGGUCCCAGAAGCCAUUUAACUCCUAGCUUUUCUAUCCCAGUUUCUAACACUGUUGUGCUUCUACUUGUACACUAUUCUCAGUGGACAUACCGUAUUUUUCGUUCUAUAGGACGCACCGGCCCAUAGGACGCACCUCGUUUUUUGGGGGGGGAAAUGAAUAAAAAAAAUUAUCCCCCCCCCCCCGCGGCUGCCGCCCCAAGCCUCGCGUGCUUCGGGCUGCAGGCUACCGCCCCAAGCCUCGCGCGCUCGGCGGGACCUCCCACCGGGCGCGCGAGGCUUGCAGACACUCGCCCGAAGCACGGGAGCCCUCCGGAGGGCUCCCGUGCUUCGGGCGACAAGCUGCCGCCCCAAGCCUUGCGCGCUGGGCGGGACCUCCUGCCGGGCGCGCAAGGCUUGCAGACACUCGCCCGAAGCACGGGGAGCCGUCCGGAGGGCUCCCCGUGCUCGGGCGACAAGCUGCAGCCCCAAGCCUCGCGCGCUGGGCGGGACCUCCUGCCGGGCGCGCAAGGCUUGCAGACACUCGCCCGAGCACGGGAGCCCUCCGGAGGGCUCCCGUGCUCGGGCGACUAGCUGCAGCCCCAAGCCUCGCGCGCUGGGCGGGACCUCCUGCCGGGCGCGCAAGGCUUGCAGACACUCGCCCGAAGCACGGGGAGCCCUCCGGAGGGCUCCCGUGCUUCGGGCGACAAGCUGCAGCCCCAAGCCUCGCGCGCUGGGCGGGACCUCCUGCCGGGCGCGCAAGGCUUGCAGACACUCGCCCGAGCACGGGGAGCCCUCCGGAGGGCUCCCGUGCUCGGGCGACAAGCUGCAGCCCCAAGCCUUGCGCGCUGGGCGGGACCUCCUGCCGGGCGCGCAAGGCUUGCAGACACUCGCCCGAGCACGGGAGCCCUCCGGAGGGCUCCCGUGCUUCGGGCGACAAGCUGCAGCCCCAAGCCUCGCGCGCUGGGCGGGACCUCCUGUCGGGCGCGCAAGGCUUGCAGACACUCGCCCGAAGCACGGGGAGCCCUCCGGAGGGCUCCCCGUGCUUCGGGCGACAAGCUGCAGCCCCAAGCCUUGCGCGCUGGGCGGGACCUCCUGCCGGGCGCGCAAGGCUUGCGGACACUCGCCGGGGCUGCAGGCUGCUGCCUGCAAGCCUUGUAAGCCCGCGGGAACUCCCACCGGGCUUGCAAGGCUGGCGGAUAGCUUCGUGAAGCCUGGAGUGGGAGUGGGGUCGGGGCGCACCGAUGCCUCGCGCUCUCCAGGCUUCAGCGAAAGCCUGCAUUCGCUCCAUAGGACGCACACACAUUUCCCCUUCAUUUUUGGAGGGGAAAAAGUGCGUCCUAUGGAGCGAAAAAUACGGUACACUGUCCUUGUGCACUGGGCAGCUCAUACACUGUUCCUUGAUGGAUUUCCAUGUAGACAUCCGUCAGGGAUUAUUUAACUGUGAUUGCUACAUUGCUGAGGAUUGGACUUGGGGUCACUUCCAUCGCUACAGUUCUAUGUACCAAAUCUUUAUUGAACGUGAACUACGUAUCUCUUUGAGGGGAUUGUAAUAAUAUUUAAAUUGGAAAACCACCUUGGGAGCUUUGGCAAAAAAGCAGUAUAUAAAUGCAAUAAAUAAUCAUAAACUACACACUUUUCACAUGCUACAAUAUUGAUUUUAUCUAGUUCUCUCAAGUAGUGGAAGCACUCCUGGUUCUAUUCUUGUUAGCAGUUCUGCAGCUUUACUAUCCUGUUUACGAACACAUCUCUUCAAUCAAUAAGGGUUAGGACUAUAAUUAAAAUGAAACCAGAGGGUGUGAGAGCUCUUAGCAAGAAACUGAAUGUUGCUGAAAAAUGCUUUGGAAGGUUUCUAGUAAGUUAACAAUAAAACAUCCUUUGUUCCACUCCUUGAUUGUGCUUGCAGUUAGAAAUUGUGUUUGCUAACCUUUUAUCUCUGUUUUGGCUGGGAGAAGGAUGCUGACCCCACAAGCCUGGAGGAGGAAUAGAAUUGCUUUUUUAAAAAAAGUUCAUUUAAAAGCAUAGCAUCUUGUCUGUAGCGUUCAGUAGUUACUUCAUUGACCUGAUUUUCAAUGGUCCCCUGUAGCUUAUGGCCCAGCACUCACAACUCCUUCUAACCCUCCUUCUAUAGCCAUGCCUUUUAGGAAAAAAAGCACAAGAGCCAUUUAAUUGCUUGCAUGAAAGUUUUGAGAGCCAGCAAAUAUCAGUAGCUGGAUUUGAUCUGACAAAGCACUUCCUGAAACACAAGGUCAUCUCUGCCUGGCAGAAUGCAGGUGGCACGAUUGCAGCUAAGCUCUAUUUUAUGUAAAUGUCUCCUUCCCUGUGAAAAGAUUUUGGAGAGAAACAAUUUAGUAAAUGAAAUGCGUUUAUGCUUGAAAAAGGAAUGGAAGCAUGAAUCCCAGUCUAAACCUAAUUAAAACCCACAGCCUUGUCAGAUUUUUGAAAUGCAGCAAUUCAGCGAGAGCUUUCUAGAUUAUAGAACUUUAUUAUAGAACUAUAUUACAGAACUUUCUAUAUUACAGAAUUCGGGGGCUCUGAGGAGGAUUUAUGUGCCAUCAGUGGCAACGUUUUCAUGCUGAAACUUAGGAAACUGGGAACGGCUCUCGUUUACUUUAUGGCUUGGAAACUGAAAUAUUAAACACUGCAGUUUUUAUGCAGAAGCAUUGCUGUAGAGUAAGCAUCAGGCUGCAGUGAACUGACUGCCCUGCUUAAAAGAAUGGAAAAACUUACGUUCUGGGAGCCAGUGUUGGUAUAGCAGAGUGUAACUGUGCCUCAGCCUCACCUACAUCACAGGGUGGCUGUGAGGAUAAAUUGAGGAGGGGAGACCGUCUACACUGCCUUGAGAUCCUUAGAGGAUAUGAGGGAGCUGAAUUUAAUAAGUAAUGUUCAAAAAUAUGCCUCUGUUAGAUAAGAGCCAGAGGACAUUUUUGUCACUUGAUGGCUUGUUUACAUGAAACAUUUUGUCAUGGAGUCUGUUCGUAAUGCGAACAAGCUCCCAACAAUUAGUCUCUGUCUUGUAAUUAACAUGCAAAAUACAUCAGGGAAAGGGUUUGGUUAUGAUUAGUUGUAGCCAAUUGAGCUACUUAGAGUAGACCUAUUAAAAUCAGUGGGUGAAUAAUUUAAGUGCAUUGAUUUCAGUGGGGAGCGUACUUGGCUAUAACCUGAUCUACCUAUGGAUGGCAAGCAUCCUUGUCUUUGUACUAGUAAAUGAGAUGUAAACAGUUUUCUUUUAAUAAUACCUUUUAUUUAUUGCUACUGUUUAUUAACAAGAGAGAGGGGGUGUUUUGCUUUUGUUUUUGGAAAAUACAGCAGCUGAGAGAAGAAAAUGGCAUUCCGUGAUCUUGAACAAACCUCUUCAGAGACAACUUGCAUUGCUUCUUCAUAACUUGAUUUACCUUUGAGGUUGUCUUACUUCCUCUUAGCUGAUCAUGUGUUCUAGUUUCGUCUACUACAAGCAUAGGCAAACUCGGCCCUCCAGAUGUUUUGGGACUACAAUUCCCACCAUUCAUGACCACUGGUCCUGUUAGCUAGGGAUGAUGGGAGUUGUAGUCCCAAAACAUCUGGAGGGCCGAGUUUGCCUAUGCCUGGUCUACUAGGUCACAGCAUGUGUGAGCUGAUGUAAGAUAUGGGAGAAAUUAUCUUAAUAAUGAACAGUUCAGGGGACAAUAAUUGCUUCUGAGUGUAAGAACCUCACUAAACUGGCCUUCAUGUACUUGGUGUUCUCUAUUAUUUCAGACUGCAGCAACCAUCAGCCUCAGUCACAUGGUAGGAAAGAUGGAAAUUGUGCUCUCCAAAUGCUCUGGAGAAGGCUGAUUGAAACUGAGCAGUUGAAGCCUCUUCGUAGCAAUUUCCCACAUCAGGAAAGUCCAGUUCCAAGUCUUUCUAACUAGGAGCAGUUGGCCAUGGCCUUCAGUUGAAAAAUUUGACAACAAACGUUUUAUCUACACAGGACCAAAUACCAGCCAUUGAAUUAGUGUAUUUGGAGAGGAAAAUAUAGCAGGAAAAAGAACUUUGCAAAAUUCUUGUGCACCGGCAGUUUUUUUAAAAAUCUCAAACUCAUUGCCACUGACUCAUUCUUACAUAAUAAAACAGCUAGUAAUGGACUUACCCCAUCCAGUUAAGAUAAUAACAUGGUAUUUUGCCAGUGCUGUGUGGAACAUUGGCAAAGAAUUUUGCAUCUUAAGUAAUUUUGACUGAAAAGAUAGUUUCCAACUUUUUUCAGGUCCGCCCUGCCUAAUAACUUGCCAGUGUUGCAACUACAAUUUGUUUAAUAACUGCUGAGUUGUAUAGGAUACUCAGAAAAGGUAUAAAAUCUUCUAAUUCCCAAAUCUGGCUCAUAAAACCAUAGGCCCAAGGGAUCUUCAGUUCAUUUUGCCCCAUAACAAACAUCUUUGAAGCCCAGGGGAGUUUUAAAAGAGAGUUUAUUGUUUAUAAAGGCUUUAAACUGCUUUUAAUAUAUAAAAAUCUCAGAAUUUUGUUAAAAAGAAAGCCACUGGUCACAGUCAAUUCCUUGGUCAUGGCACAAAAUCACUUUUUGGACCCAGACCAUAGUUUGGCACCACACACAUUUAUCUUUCAGGUCAGAUGGUUUUAAUUCUCUGUUGACCUUCAGUUGCACAUGUUACUCUACUUCUUGUCCUUUAUACGUCAUUUUGAUUGCAAGUAGUGUUUUUUUUCUGUUCUCUGUAUUGAUGAGUUUUCUUGCUCUAUUUUGGCUUUAUAAUGCUUACUAGGGAAUGGGAUGAACCAUUAGAGGAAAUUUUGUUUAAUGGUCAGAUGCUUCAGACUUAGUGAUGUUGGCCCACAGUUAAACCUGUAUUUACAAGUGAGUUCUAAAUGUUUUCUGUCUCUACUUCUGUAGACUUUUUAUUUUUAUUUUUUUUAAAAUAAUUUUUAUUAAGGUUUUAAACAAAGAAAAAAGAAAAACAACACACACAAAGAACAAUAACAAUAAAAACACAAAACAUAACAAUUAAAAACAAACUCUCUUUUCCAUUUCCAAUUUUAAAUUACUUAUUUUCUGGACUUCCUCAUACCUCCCUCUUUUGUAUUCCAAUCCACAUUAUUUAUCCAGCAGUUUCUUUUCCACUUUUUUAAUCCCAAUCUUUAAUUUAAUAAAAUAUUAAAAUAUAUAACUUCACUUUUUUAAACCUAAUCCUUACUCUUAAUGUCAUAUAACUUUAAAUUUUUCCCUUUUAUUAUCAAAUUUCCAUUUCUUUGAACAUCUUUAAUCUUAAUCUUUAAUCUUAAUCUAUCCUUAUCUUUAACCUAUACAGCUGGAAACCACUUAUUUUCAAUCCAACAUCACUCUAACAUUCCUUAAUUUUGCAGUGUUUCUGAAGAUAGUCUUUGAAUUUCUUCCAGUCUUCCUCCAUCGACUCUUCUCCCUGGUCACAGAUUCUGCCAGUCAUUUCCGCCAAUUCCAUGUAGUCCAUAAGUUUCAUCUGCCAUUCCUCCAGCGUGGGAAGUUCUUGUGUCUUCCAAUACUUUGCGAUGAGUAUUCUUGCUGCUGUUGUUGCAUACAUAAAGAAAGUUCUAUCCUUUUUAACACCAUUUGGCCCACUAUGCCCAGGAGAAAGGCCUCUGGUUUCUUGGGAAAGGUAUACUUAAAUACCUUUUUUAAUUCAUUAUAUAUCAUUUCCCAGAAAACCUUAAUCUUUGGGCACGUCCACCAAAGGUGAAAAAAUGUACCUUCAGUUUCUUUACAUUUCCAACAUUUAUUAUCGGGCAAGUGAUAAAUUUUCGCAAGCUUGACUGGGGUUAUGUACCACCUGUAUAUCAUUUUCAUAAUAUUCUCUCUUAAGGCAUUACAUGCCGUAAAUUUCAUACCAGUGGUCCAUAACUGUUCCCAGUCAGCAAACAUAAUGUUGUGUCCUACGUCCUGUGCCCAUUUAAUCAUAGCCGAUUUUACCGUUUCAUCUUGAGUAUUCCAUUUCAGCAGCAAGUUAUACAUUCUUGACAGAUUCUUAGUAUUGGGUUCUAACAAUUCUGUUUCUAAUUUCGAUUUUUCCACCUGGAAGCCAAUUUUCCUGUCUAAUUUAAAUGCCUCCAUUAUUUGAUAAUAAUGAAGCCAGUCUCGCACUUUGUUUUUUAAUUUUUCAAAGCUCUGCAAUUUCAGUCUAUCUCCAUCUUGUUCCAAAAUUUUCCAAUAUACUUCUGUAGACUUUUUAGAAAGGGGUAUAGCCUUUGGUAUAAUACCUCUUGAAAUGAUGGAUAGCUGGUGUGUUUGCUUUCCAGUCUGAAAUGCCCAUCAGUGAAAGGAAGUCCUACCCCUUUAAGCUAAUUUGAGGAGAAUCCCCUAGCCUGGAAGUACUGAACCCAAAUUUGUGCAGAAGUUCUAUAUAGUAAUGCAUGCAGGUUGAUGCCAGUGCAUAAUCACUUACUUUUUCAGCCUCUCAGUCUUGAUAAAGGCUGGGGGUGGGGAACCUUUUUCAGUCAUAAGGGGCACUUUCCCUGAUGGGAAGAUUGGUGGUGGUGUGGGGGGCUACAGGCUAAAGUGAGCAAGAUAAUAGGGGUGACCUUCACCUUCGUCCAGUAGGCUACACAAAAGCCAGCGGUUUCCCCAUACACACUUCAUCCACCCAAACAUGAGACAUUAUCACUGUUCAAGGACACAUCCCAGCCAGAGAAAGUCAUGUGUGGUGGCAUCUGCAGUGGAAAACUGCAGGAGAGGGGCUGUAGGCUUUGAACCCCACUUUGCAGCCCCACCUGCCACUCUUCUACCAGCUGGGGCUCCAGACCCAGUUUCCAUCCUUGAAAGAGAAGUCGUGUUUUCCAGAUGUAGUUGGAUUCCAGCUCCCAUCAGCUCAACCCAGUAUGGCCAAUGGCCAAGGAUAAUGGGAGUUGUAGUCCAGCUUGAUCCUCAAUUUAGAAAGCGCCUUUGCCAGUUUGUGCCUUUUCAAAGCAGCCAAGGCUGAAAUUGGGAAGGAAAUUGCAUGGUAGCAAUGGGGCCUGAGGUGGAAUCCUGAACUCUGGAACAGGGCUGGAGAAGUAUAGCUUCUUCUUGCUCACUUGGCAGUAGUCUGGUCUUAGCAGCUGAGGUUCAGGAAGGGAAAUUGAGUGAGACAGGAUGUGAAACAGGUUGUGAAAUGCAGUCUUCUCUCUCCCUGCACCAUCACCAGCUCUCAGUGGGAAAGGCUGGGCAGGAUAAGGGAAGUAUUUGGUCCACUGUCGGAUUGUGACUGUGCAGCUCUAAAAGGUAGGCUGGUCUUCACUUGCAGGUCCAGUGGGAGGAGUCGUCCUGGCUCCAUGCUUCAGGGAAAGUCAGAAAUAGUGAGAUUCCAAAGCUUAGCAGGAAGUGAGAGAAUGUCCUCACAUUCCUCUAAAUCAGGCAUAUGCAAACUCGGCCCUCCAGAUGUUUUGGGACUACAACUCCCAUCAUCCUUAGCUAACAGGACCAGUGGUCAGGGAUGAUGGGAGUUGUAGUCCCAAAACAUCUAGAGCAGUGUUCCCCAAUCCUGGGCCUCCAGCUGUUUUUGGACUACAAUUCCCAUCAUCCUUGACCACUGGUCUUGCUAGCGAGGGAUGAUGGGAGUUGUAGUCCAAAAACAGCUGGAGGCCCAAGGUUGGGGAACACUGAUCUAGAGGGCCAAGUUUGCCUGUGCCUGCCCUAAAUUCUCUGACUCUUGCCACUUGAGAGUGUGUUCCAGCAAAGUGAGAUGCCAGUCCCACAGGUUUCUCUGUACAAGUCAGAGGACAUGGGGAAGAGGAGGAGGUAGUCUUCACAUCCCUGGUCAGUAGCUAGUUCUGCUGCAUGGCCAAGUGCCUGUAUUUCCUUCCUCUCUGUAGGGUGAGGAGAUAUGUGCUUAGUUUUGCGUUCAUGAGCAAUGGCUGGGAGAGGCAAAGGGUGGGGUGGGUGCUCUUCUGCUGCUGUCUUUCUCUCUCUCCCUCCCUCCUUCCCUCCCCCACUUCUCAGAGUGUGAAAUCCGGGCAACGGAUGUGUGGGUCUCCUAUUCGGUGACUAACUCUUGUGGGUUUUGCUCUGUAUCAAACCUUUGCCACCUCACUUGCUACUUUUAGGAUCUACUACCUCACUUGCUACUUCCUGUACAAAUGUCUUCUGCCUUUUGGUAUCUGUUUCCACUUCGCUUUGAUGUAUUCAUUCUGCACCAUCACCCCAGUUCCUUCUUUUUAUGUGCUCUGGCAGAAAACCAGUAAUUUCCCCUUAACUUGCACUACCUGCAGGUGCUAAUUUCUUCUGACACUUGUAUACUUUUUGACACUUGCCUAAAUUCAUACUUGUUUUGAUGGCUAUUGUCCAAAACUCUUGGGAAACACUACAAAGGUUAAAAUAAUACCAUUAAUCAAUGUAUUUAAAUUAUAUUAAAGAGCAUUUCAGGAAUGAAUAGCAGAUGUUCCUUCUUUCUACCAUAUGUUGAAUUCAGCAGAGGUUUUUUAAUUGUGGAAAGUAAUUGUUUAAACUGUUGGGGAUUUCUAUAGCAGUAAACAUAAUCUUUGGGUUAGAUGUUGAAUGCUAGUUCCAGUGCAUGCUUAUCACUGAGGUCAACUGGUUGUCCUUGGGCAAGGAAUCAUUUGGUGGUAUUAGAUUAGCUCUAUUGAAGAUAGUGCCAUAACAUAGUUAGGAUCAUUAAUUUCAAUGGAUCUGCUCUGAGUAAAACUUAGCUGAGUACCACCCACUAUCGUCUGAGGAUAAAAUCCAGGCUUACUUGAUAUCAAGUAUUGUAAAUGCUGUAGAAAUUAUUUGUGGAUAUAAGUGGAAUCACUUUUCUUCUUUCAGGGUUUUGACCCACCACAUCAGAGUGAUAACCGAACUAUUUAUAUAGCCAAUCGUUUUCCUCAGCAUGGUCAUUAUGUUCCUCAGAAGUUUGCAGAAAACAGAAUAAUCUCCUCUAAGGUAAGGGAAACCUUUACCUACCUGAAUUUUUGCUUUGUCCCGCAUGCUGGAUAAAGGUAGGUUUUGACUUUGUCUAUCCAGGUAGUGUUAGAAUACAAAAAAUAACCAACCAGCAGCCCAACUCAAAAACAUAUGUCCAAAAGCUCAGAUUUCGUACCAGCAAUAAUAUGUACCUGCAUAUUUGUGUAUUUUCACAUUGUUUCACAGACUGCAUUGAUUGUAGCACACUUAACUUCCGAAUGCCUUGUUUUCCUGUAAAGUCUAAAACUGCUGUUACAGCAUUAUCAAAUAAUGCAAAACCGUUCAUCCACCUGCUGAAUAUGCGUUGACGUCUCCAUUAGUAUCAUGUACAAGAAAAUCAUUGGGUUGGUCCUAAUUCUGAGUUUUGGGGCAUGGUUUGACAUACACCAGCACAUCUAGGGUGUGAGGAUGAUUAAGUAGGAAAUGUUUACAAAGCAAUCCCGCAUAGAGAUCGGGGCUUCUUUAAAAUUAAUACUUAAUGUAUGAUUGACCUUUCCAAUUAAUCCAUUAAACCAAAGUACAGUAUAUUCCCCAAACUGCCUAUUCUUGGUCAGUACACUGAUUUUCUGCUCACUGCUUAAAAGAGAAUUUGUUAGGGACCGUGUCUGUGUCCAUAAAAGAAUAAGAAGUUAAACUCCCCCCAGUGCUGGCCAGAUGUCAUGACAGCGGAUGCUGAAAAAGAAUAGCAGAGUGUGAAUGGCUAUUAGCACAAUAUUUUGGUGAAACUUGGCUGGUGAUAAAUCUGAGUGGAAUUUAAAUGAAUGGUGCUGGCGGCAACCGUAGAUUCUACAGGGUAGGUUUCUAAAACUCGCUGUCAGUUUAUUCUUUUAGAUAACUUUUUAGAAAUGAGAACGCUGCAAAGGCUAAAAGAAUGUUGGGAAUGGGACCUUAUGCUUUGCAAUACGAAAAUAGGCAAUAGUUGCAACAGGCAACGCUGCAUGGACAAAAUUAUGGAGUAAGAAGUCAGUGCAUUCUGUGUCAAUGUAAGGAAAGCAAGCAAUGCAUAAAAACAUUUUCUGUUGGCACUUCAUGCCUAUUAAAUUGCCUUCCACCUCACCAUCAUUUUCUCAGAGGUACUGGAGAUGUAGUAUCUCCAGUUCCCACUCUGUGUAUUAUAUUGUGUAUAUGUGUUUUGUAAGGGGGGGGGGGGAAUUAACUGGUUAUUUACAGGUUACAGCAAGACUGCCCAUCACAUGCAUUUGGAAAUAAUAGGGAAAAGCCACGAUGUAAACUUGGUAUGAUAAAGUCUGGUUGCUGGCCAUGUCUGAAAAGCUAACCCCAAAAGUUCAAUUCUAUAGAGGAUUGUAUAAAAAAUAAAAAAGGCAUUUUAUCCAGUCCAGUUUGACUUCGUAAAACGUAUAAACAAUCAAAGUGACUAAUGUAUUCAAAGUCAGAGAGGUCAAACAAUUUUAUGGCCAUUUUGUGGGGGGAAAGUACAUUUAUAAUGCAUUGGUGUAAGUUCAGAAACAUGUAAAUCCCUUAUUAGGUAUAAUAUAAUCUACCGUAUUUUUCCAUGUAUAAGACGCACCACAUGUGAUGUCAAGUGUGGGGAAGGUGACUGUGAUUUGGGGGAAAUGAUUUUAUGGUCCAAAGUAGAAUCCAAACCAGGCCAAAUUAGGUCUCUGAACUGGAGGUUGCCAUCCCUCUGCCAGAUUUUAGGUGGUCAAAGGUGAACUUGGAAAAUAAGUUUUUCAGUCACUAAUUGCUAUCUCUCAAGUCUUUCCCUUGGUGUGGUGUUAAACUAAUGGUAAAAAAAUUUUUGACAUGAGAUUUUGGGAAGACGGUUAUCUUAUUUUAGAUCCACUUAAUAAAUUUCUUGGGGAAACUCCCUAAUAUUUAAAGCUGGAAAUUGUUUUAUCUUCUGCAGUGUGGCUUGUGACUCUGCUUGUAACUGUUGAUAUUUCUUUCUCUUACAGUAUACUGUAUGGAAUUUUGUUCCCAAAAAUUUAUUUGAGCAGUUCAGAAGGGUAGCCAACUUUUAUUUUCUUAUUAUAUUUUUGGUUCAGGUAAGUAAUUUAUAUUCCGCUUAAUACCAAAAUAAGCUUUAAGUAAUUUAUAGGCUUCUAAGUGAUUGGAUAAUCUAGCGUUGCUUUAGGAUAUAUAACAGAUGUGGACUCUCACAUACGGGAAUUGAUUGUUAUGGUUGUUGAUUGUUGAAUAUAAGGAUGCUAGUGUAUGAGGGUUUGGUUUAGUAACUCUUAAUGCAUAGAAUUAAGCCUUGACAUUUUGCAAAUAUGAGGGGUUGGUUUCCAGUGAAUUUGAUUUUUAAUACAAUAAUUUAGAAUAAAAAAAUUGUCCAGUAGCACCUUAGAGACCAACUUCGUAGGACCAACAUGGCUACCUACCUGAAUAAUUUAGAAGGAAGAGUUAAAACCUUGAAAGAAAUUUAUAGUCAAAUGUUGCUGGUACGUGUGAGAUAGUCAGUAGUAAUGGAUUUGCUCUGAGGUGGAGUGGGAGAGGUAAUCUCUAUUCAUUUCUCGCUAAGCCAGAAAAUGACCAGGUAACUUGCUUGAUGUGAUACACUUUGCAUAUUCUCACUACCCACCUACCAUGAAUAGAAAAGAAUUCAGGAAAGUUAGAAUACUCAGGCAUUAGCUUUGGAGCAUAAAUGCAUGGUGACAUGUAUUCCAUCACUGUCAAAAUAAGAAAGAACACCCUUUUUCCUUGUUUUGGUAAUCUGAUAGGGAGUUUCUCAAACCCCUGUCAAUAAGGAGCAUCCCCUAUAACAUAUGAAGGAGAGCUUGAGAGUUAAAUCAUCUCUUUCUCCUCUGCUAUUUAUUUAAUAACCAGUCAGAUGGCAAGUAGAUUUCUCCCUGGCGACCUGAUCAGCCCUCUUACUCAGUUGAGCUGGCCUUUGGGCUGGCUGUGCUUGGAGUUAUAUUGUCUGUUUUGCUGCAGUGCUGUAUCAGAGUAUUAAAAUGCCUCUAAAUUGCUUUGUAAUAACAGGUGCAAUACCUAUCAGGCAACCUAAAGUUUGAAUAUUGUCCAAAACUGCUAAGUAAUUUCAAAGCGCACUUUAGACUGCAAAGUCAUAAAGCACCCUUCUAGAAAUGUAUAUGAGAGAGCAUAAUUUCCUAAGAGAGCAUUACUGAAGUGUUCCUUCACAACCUUGAUGUCUCUCAGUGAUAGAUAAUAAAUGUGCAGUGUAAACCUCAACCCACCCCUUCUACCUUUGGUCUAAUGCACCUUUCCUCCAGUUGUAAUAUUGGGUCAUGAUAUUGUCAUUGCAGUCCAUGACAAGGCAACCCUUUCUAAAGGUAUUAGACAUGCUUCCUUGCUCCAGCUGUGUUAGGAGGGUCUUAACAAAAGUACUGCCUCAUGGCAUGGGCUCUUAAGCUUCAGCCUGGCACUAAACGUGUCCCCUUGAUGUGUCACAACCAGGAACAACUAGGACCAGCCUGUAGGAUUCAGUGCAGCGUGAGCUGUGUGGUAGCAGUAACUGGCCCCUAACAAGAGGACACAAGUGUUGACACAACCUUUGGUUCCAUCUUGUGCACAUGCACACCCCUGGGCUUGGUUUGGUUUCAUUUGUUUGUUUCAUUUUGUAUCAUUGGUCAGUUCUAUACUGUGUGAUUUCAGAAUACUCGCUGGGAUUUCUGCAUAAAAAUAGUACAUUAAAAAUCCAUUUGUAGCCAUUUAAUAAAUUUUUUUAAAGUGAGGGCAAAGAGGGUGGGAAACCAUGAAACCUCUAAAAGCACCUGGAAAAUCAGGUUCUCAAUAAAUGUGUUUAAAGGUUCUUUUCUCUCUUCUGGGUAGUCAUUCAUCCUGUCUAUGCAGGUUGGCAUAUAGUGAUGUCAUCUACUUGUGAGUCAUCGGGAACAGGCUUUCCUUUACACUUUUUACAGCUUAUUUCACAAGUUCUGUUGAAGCCUCUGCCCCUCUAAAAAUAGAUCUGAGAAAGAAAGGAAUCCUGACAUCCAGGAAAAGCUGGUUCAUAAGAAAACACACAAAUGUUAAUGUUUGAGCAGCGAGUUCUAUUGAAUUGCAUUGCCAAUAUGAACUACUUUGGCUCAUUUGUCUCACUUUCCUGUACUGGUGUAUUUCCUAGUUGGUACUUGAAUGCUUUCAAUUUCUGUCAGGGAGACAAAUUGAAAAAUGCAAUUUCAUUUGCAACACUUGUUCUGUUUGCAAAUAAGGUUAGAAUCAGUACUGGGAUAAUAUUAACGGAUUUCAGUGCAUGCAUACACACACACACACACACACACACACACACUCCUCACCCCGCCCCCAAUGAAAUUGGCUUGAACUAGCAUAUUUCAUUUUUUUAUACCUCUUCCACAAAGGAGUUCAGCCUGGAUUUACAAUGAAAACACAAAACAAAGCAAGAAGCCAUCUAGCAUACAGUUAACAAACAAAACCCAGGAAACAAAAGACCGACCUAAAUGCUCUUCAAACGAUUGUACCUCAUUCCAGUAGACUACUGACUGACUUCAUGGUUGCAAAAGUGAAGUCCCAUAGGCCACAUUCAUGCAUGAUGCUAAACUUGGAAAAGGCAGACUGUGUGGCUUUCCAGAUGUUGCAGGACUACAGCUCCCAUCCCUGAUUACUGGACAUACUGGCUGCAGUUUAUGAGAACUGGAGACAUUUCACUCUUUGUAGAGCUUUAGAGCUCUGUAGAUAGCAUACAGGUUUCAUGGCUUAUCAUACACACUGGAAUCUGCAGCCCAGGCUCUUUCAACCUGGCUGUUGGUAUAGCCUUUGUUUUCAUUAGAGAUGCCUUCGAUGCCUUUUGAUGUCAAAUGCUACUUACAAAUUUAAAAAAUACAAGUCCUUAUGGAACAUAAAGGAUGCUGGAAAAGGUGCCUUUGGAGCAUGCAAAAUGGAUGUAAAUGAAUUUGUAACUCAGGGGUGCAGAAUCUAGGACUCUUGGUGUAGAGUUGGAAACAACAUGUCCUGAUAAAUGCAUUGCUAGCCAACAGUUUCAAAUAUAUCCUUUCCCACAUGUUUGUGGUGCUGUGCUUAUGGUGGUUAGCGUUAGCACCUGGGAUUGAAAGAAGCUACAAGCCAUUAGUGAAAUCUGUGUUGUGUGAGCCCUGUUUCUGUGUUCACUGUAUUCUCUCCUAUACAGGAUUAUGCUCACCUCUUGUUCAGUGCCAUACUACUUCGGUUUAUUCUUGAAUUGGUUGGUGCCAUUUGCCUCAGUGAGUGGGUGGGAAAGAACUUAACUGGUGCCACUGUGUGGUUACUUCGCUCGCUUGCUCACGUUAUCUGCUGCAUGCACCACACAGUCUUCCAGAUGGUUUAGAUCGACCACAAGGUAGCACCUCCCAUGCCGCUGCAUGAAAGUGUGACUAAGCUUGUUGUCAAAACAAAUACCAAGUGGUACUUAGCUGCAAACUGAUACCUAAUAAGUAGGCAAGCCUUAAAACUAGUUCUCUACAAACAAAGCAAUUUGGACUACUAAAAAACCCCCCACAUAUUGGCUCCUUUAAGUGAAACUUCAGUGUUCAAAGUGGAUGACAGAUUGUCACUACGUUGCCCUAACUGUUUUUCAAUAAAGAUUGGCUAUAUAGGAUGCUAAUCCUUGAAAUUCCUUCGUGAUUGUUUGCAUAAAAUCUCUUAUUCUAGCUUCCUAGAGAUGUGUUAAAUCCUCCUUAGGUAGGAAGUCUCUUGGAUUAAUGUUAGUUUCUGAAUAAUUGCUGUUCCAUUCAUUUAUUUUCUUGAAGACAUGCAUCAUAUCCUGCAAGAUGGCGUUUUCUUUCCAGCAACAUGAAAACAAUAAAAGCAGAGCUUGUUGAUAUUUUCUGCUGCAGUUAGCACAACAGUGUUAAUAGGGCAGGUUGUGAUUGCCUAUUUUGCAAUAAGAGCAAAGGGAACCUGUUAGUUAGGAUUAAGGUACAUUGCUAGGCAUUGUGCAACUUCAGUCUCUCUGUCAUGCUGAAAUCUUGUUUCACAUGUGCCCUUCUCCCAGCAGCUCUGUGAGCAGUCCUCUCUGUGCUGAGAGUGGAAAUCUAGGGAGCCACUUUUCAGACCUGUGUCCACUCCUUGUGCUCAGCCUAGACUGAUGGACACCACGUUUUCUUCAUUCUCACUUGCUGUUGUUCUAAAUGCUUCUAAAGCCCAACAUGACAUUGGGGAUGAGCCCUGCAUUUUGAUUGGUACAUGCCUAACGUUCAACCAGGCUUUGCAGCCACUUGGAACCAGCAUACCAUUCCCAAAAGUUCAUGUGGUAGAGGAGAAGAGUUGGGGAUGGGGCAGAGUCAGUGCCAGCCACAAACAUUGGCUAGCUACCAAGCCCAGCUAAGACUUGUAGAGCCCUGCGUUCAGUGUACUAUUGUGGCAUGUGCUGACGCUGUCUUCAUCUUUGUUUUCCUCUCCAGCUUAUGAUAGAUACACCUACAAGUCCAAUAACCAGUGGAUUGCCAUUGUUUUUUGUAAUAACUGUGACUGCCAUAAAGCAGGUAAGGAAACACAGGUGCUUUAGAAGGUACUCGCUUAGGGCAGAUGGACAUGCUUUGUGUAAUACAGAACAGAACAUCCCUGUGUUCAGGUUACUUCCCUGUCUUCCAGAAUGUGUAGGGCUGCUUACCUUGUGUUGUGGCAUCAUCACACUGCAAAGCAGUGCUUAACAUGAUGUCAUGAUGCCACCCCAUGCAAUCCUGUAUGUUGCAGAGGAUAAACUUGCUACAAGAAUGGCUUAUGUGACCUACAAUUCUCACCUGAAACAUGUCAAAUUCAUCAUUUCUAUGCACCAGUGAGUGGAGAAUCUUGGGCAGAAAUGGACAGUUGUGGAGCAGAGUCCAGAUAUGAGUUUGUCGUACAUGUUCUAUGGAUUUGUCAGUUCAUCUGAGAUAGAAUGGGAGAUGGUUUGUAUGCAGUGGAGCUCGGCCAGCCAAAUUCUGGGCACGUCUGCUGCUGUUGAAUCUGUUUGGACCUUCAUGAAAUUUGAGCAGCAUUCUACUAGACUCUAGCUUCUAGCUGAAAACAAGUAAAUAUGUUUUAUGUUGCCAAUCAAGCAGGUCAGCCUAGGGUUUUUUUUGUCUCGCUGCCAUGCAGUCAGUGACUCAUAGCAACACCCCUAAGUGGGCAGUGACAGACUCACCCCCAGUUUUUGUGCGAGGACUUUGUAUGUCAGUAUGCAUCAUAAAUUCUUAUUUCCAGCAGCCUCACACUUACCCAGAGGAGUAAGUUCUUGCAUAACAAUAGCUUAUGUACUGAGAGAGGCUAUGCUGUAUUUGAAAGCUGUACACAUUUUGUUUUUGUUUUUGUUCUUCCCAGUCUCCAGGCCUAUUGUAAUUGCCUUGUCGCAGCCUGUCACUGCCUUGCAUUCAGUGAAGUUAGUGGUAACUAAGGGAAGACCAGACAUCUGUGGCUUCCUCUAGACUCUCAUGACCCUUCUCCAGGCAUGCCUACAGGAUUUCUCACACCAGCUCUGUCUUCUUUGGGAACAUUUCUGUAAUACACAUGCUGGCCAUAAAUAAGGCAAAAUCACUUGAGUGUCUCUUGAAGGCUGCAUUAACUGUAUUUGACAAUGUAGUGGGAGAUUCCACAUGAGCUGAACUGCAACACCUAGCAGAUUAUCCCAUUAUUGGACGUGACCUGUCCCAUUUGUAGAGGACAUGUGUCAUAGCAUGUCUGCAGGCAGGUGCUGUGAUGGAAAUUCUAAUAAGUUUCUGAGGCUAUCUGUGUCACCUCUUGCCUGGUGAAUUUGAGUUGCAUAUCAACAAUACAAAAUGCUGCUUAUUUCCCCCUUCUUUUUCUAUCCUAGGUCACUUUUUUCUCAGCCCAACUAUCACAAAGCCAGCUAAAAAGUUAAGUUUCUGGUCACGGAACACAAUUUAAAGUGGAAGCAACACCCUACCUAGAGCCAACUGGGCUGCCAGUUGCUGAUCCUUGUUUUUGACUUGAUAAUGUUAUACAGGUGACUCCCCAUUUAUGUGGGGGUUACAGUCUGGACUCUGUGCAUAAAAUUGCAAAAAAUGGGGAGCACCCCUGGAAGAGUCUUCAAGGAGGGGCAGUGGGGCUUUGUUGAACUGCUCCGCCUCCCUGCCUUACAGCUGAUGUGCAGGGUAGUGCAAAAGCAGCAGCAGCAGCUUCCCUGCGUGUCAGCCGAGGAAGCCCCGCUUCCCCACCCCGGCUCGCUCAGCUGAUGUGCAGGAACCUUCACCGUGUGUUAGCUGGACUGGUCAACCGAGCACCGCUGUCCCUCCGUAUGCACAAACAAGCUCCACAGUUCAUCUCACGUGAGCCAGAGAGACAGCAGAGCUUUGUCAACCAGCCUAGCUGGCGCGCAGGAAAGAAACUUUCCUGCACACAUCAGCCGAGCAACCUCAACAAGCCUCUGGCUCACUCCCCAGAGUCUGAAGAGGAGCUCCUCUUCGGGCUCUGGUGGUAGCCUCCACGUGAGCUUGGAUGGGCAGCGGGACUUCUCAGCUGACACACAGGGAAGCCACGGCUGUUGCUGCACUACCCCAGAUGUCAGCUCUUAGGCUGAGCAGCUCAAUAAAGCCCUGCUGCCUCUCCAGCUUGCGAGGAUAACCUGCCUGGAGCCCAGAGAGGACAUCCUGUUUGUGAGCCAGGCAGACUCUCUAGGAUGCUCCCCGUUUCCAGUUCCCCAGCACUGCUCGUGUGCACGGUUGCGAGCAAAUAGAAUGUGCAUAAAUUGGAAGCUGCCUGUAGUUAUCAGCAAAUUGGUUGCGUAGGUGCUUUUCUUAGGCAGUUAUGUGUAUUGUUGGCUUUCCCCUCCCCCCCAAAAUGCUUCUUUGCAUCUUUUCCAGGGCUAUGAAGAUUGGUUACGCCAUAAAGCAGACAAUGAAGUGAAUGGAGCUCCAGUGUAUGUUGUUCGCAGUGGUGGCCUUGUAAAAACAAGAUCAAAGAACAUUCGGGUAUGUGUGUGAGUGGUGCAAAAUGAUUUUGAACAUUUCAAAAGUGUGCAUGUAUGUUUAUAUAUGUGUGUGUGUGUGUUUGUGUGUAUAUACAUGCAAAUUAAAAAUGCAAUUUAAAGGGCCGUCGCUUUACAUAGCGUGUGUUAAUGAAAGUUACAAAAAUAUUUUUGUGAAGGUGUAUUUGAACAGAUAUUUUUGCCUGUCUUCUCAGGUGGGAGAUAUUGUCAGAGUAGCCAAAGAUGAAACUUUCCCUGUUGAUCUCGUACUUCUGUCAUCUGACAGAGCAGAUGGCUCUUGCUAUGUUACUACUGCAAGCUUGGACGGAGAAACUAAUCUUAAGGUCUGUUUUCAUCACCUUUUGUAUACCUUAAGUUAGAAACACAUUUAGGUUUUGUUUCCUGAUAACCAAGAUUGAUAUAUUCCAAAUCCCUCUUACAGAAAAGGAGAAUGUUGAAUUCCCCUGGGUGCACCUCAGAAUAUCAGAAUCACAAAGCAUGUUGUUCAAACCAAGGUCUGCAUCAGUAGUGACAUGACCUGGAGAAAAAUGAACCUAAUUUCAGUUAUACCUGUACACAGUUAAAAUAGCAAGUGACAGAACUGCAAUUGAUGUAUGCGUUUACGGUAUUCUGAUUCUGAAAUAGUUCUACCGUCUGCCCUUGAAAAUAAUUUUAUAACUCUCUAUAGAUAGAAGAAUCUGUAAGAAAAGCGUGUGCUCUGCUAUGAACAAAACCGUGUGUGUACUACUGGCGUACUAGAGAUGCAAGGCUUAUGUGCAUGUGAUGAUGUGUGCAUUCUGUACGCAUAGGGGUCAGUAACUUGAGGGGAUGGCUGCCCCACCCAAGAUUGAUAUUCUGUGUUUGCUCAUCAGUCAAAAGCCUGCAACAGUUUUAUCAAGUGGUGUGCAUGUAAAUCACCUGAUAAGCCUGUCAUCUGCAUUGCUCUGCUAAAUGAUGAGAAAUCUAAACACUUUGGAUUUCUGAACAGAUGCAGCACAGUACAGCUGACUGAUUUUUCAAAAGGUAAUAUGCACAUUUUGGCAAGUUAGCACUUGACAAAUCGUUGUUUAUGUUCACUCAGUGUUGCUUUGGGAGCUGAUGAUGUACUGGAAAAUUUAAGAUGCGGUUUGGAGGCUUAGGUGGUAACUUAACCAGACAGCUCUGUUUAAUGUGUGUAUAUAUGUGUGUGUAAGUUGCAAGCCUAUGUCUUUAUAGCAUUUGCACAAUGUGCUGCUCAUUGUUGCCUAAUGGAACCUGAGUGGUUAUUUCUUUUUAUUUCAGACGCAUGUCGCAGUCCCCGAAACAGCAGUAUUGCAGUCAGUUGCCAAUCUGGACAAACUUGUAGCUGUUAUAGAAUGUCAGCAACCAGAAGCAGAUCUAUACAGGUGUCAUUUUUUAUAAUAUAUUUUUUUCCCCAAAGAUGAUUUGGAAAGCAAUGUUUAUAGUGUUCUAAGGAUUAGAUGAUUUUGCAGGAAACUCUUCUAGAAAUUCUCAUCUUUAUGUGAAUGCAUGAGCUACUUAAAUCUGGAAGUACUAGCAGAGAAUCUUGCAGUGACAGUGCAUACAUAACAUUCCUGAUUUAAACACCCACUUUUUAAAUGAUAAACCUGGUUGCAAGGCCUGGCAAGGACCAGAUUACUUAAUGUGGGGUAGUCAACAUUUUUAUACCUACUGCCCACUAAUGCAUCUUUCUAGAUGGUAAAAUUUUCUUACCGCCCACCAGUGCUUGAUGGAAGGAGGAUUCAGCUUGUGCCAUAGAACCCCCUACCACCCACCUAGAAUCCUGAAACGCCCACUAGUGGACGGUAGGGACCAGGUUGACAAUGCCUGACUUAAUGGGUCAAUUGAUUUGAACAUUCAUCUGCAUCACUCUGAGCAGCUGCAGAAUGAGAACAACUGUCCCAUAAUUUUCAAAAACUCUGGAGAUCUGUGUAGUUUCUUCAGCAUUUGGAACAGAUCUCUGCAACAUUCUAGAAUCCUUCACAAACUAGGAGGAUUUCUUUGUCAGAUCACAGGAGGGGUUUUAUUGGUUUGUUUUGCUUUUGUUUUAUUCUGUAUUUUGUGUUUUCAUUUUGUAUUUAUUUUUUUGGUCAGCUGCCCUAUGAUUUUCGGAUGAAGGGUGGUAUACAAAUUUUAUAAAUAAAUAAACAUUCUCUUCCUUCUAUUGCAUAGUUGUUGCUAACUCGCAGAGCUGGAAUAGAAGAAAUAUGUCUUUCUGACACAUUAAUCUCUUUUGCAGAUUCGUUGGACGAAUAACAAUAAGUCAACAAAUUGAAGAAAUAGUACGGUAAGCCAAGCGUUGGUAAAGGUCAUGUGAUUUUCCUUGAAUUUAAACAGCAUGUGUUUACAGCAGGGCUCCACAGCAUGUGAACCACCAAGCUGGGGGCAAUCCAUCAGCCACCAGGGACUCAGUAAAUGGCUUGAAGCUCAGUGAUAGAGCACAUAAUUUGCACAUAAGACUUUCUAGAUUCAGUGCCUUGCAUCUCCAGUUCAGAGCAAUGCUUUGUAAAGACAUCUUCCUGAGGCCUUGGUGAAGUGCCGCUAGUACAAAAUACUGCACAAAAUGAGCCAAGGACCUGACUCUGUAUGGGACAAUUUUGUGUUUUUGCUGCCUGCCUGGGACUGCCCAGAUCAGACAUAGGUGUGGCUGCUGGAUCAUGGAGGCAUGAGCUGCAGUUCCUUAACUGAGUUGAGUUAAAUUUUUAAAAAAACCCUCUAAUUUAUGCUAAGCCCAUUCAGUUUGAUUACGUGACCUGGCAAUCUCGUGUAAGGUAAGUUUGCAAAAAGUGUGUUGCAACUCUAUUUUAAAGACUCGUUUUUCCUCUUCCAGACUUAGGCCAGACUCCUGAAUGGAGAUUAGCUCUGGCAUACUUCACGCUAGCAUUAUUUAACCCAUUGUAACUUAUACUGGCUUCCCACAUUUAGGAUUGCCCCCUAAUUUCCUUCUUUUGUGCUACUAGAAAAAUUUGGUGUAUUUAUUGAAACCACCAAUCUUCUUUGACAGGUAUUCAUAACAGAAUUAAAACCCACAAAAACUCUGCUGGAUCAGGCCGUAGGUCUAUUUUAGUCCAGCAUCCUACUUCCUCAAUACUUUGAUAGCAUUUUUAUGAGAAAAUGACCAUCUUAAUUGUGUAGCAGAGAACGUUCAGGUAGUUAGUAAAGAAUUUGCUUCCUUAUUCCAGAGCUUGUUUUGCUAGCGCAUAAAUAUUUGUGGGGAGUGUGCCAACUUCAGUUCCAGUGCUUCUUACAUAAUCUUGGACAGCUAAUUAGGCUUUCUUUGUAGCAGAAACUGUGAAGAGGUGGCUACAGGUUGUAACUUCUUCCUGCACUUAGCAAUGCCAUGAACUGCUGUAUACCAGUUUGGAGUGAACUAACUUGCAAAGCCAGUUUUUAUUUCUUGCUGAUAAGAUCCAUUAAUCAUGUCAAUCCUUUAAGAAGAUAUAUCUCUCACUAAUCCUGAAUUUACAGAUGUCUUAUAGAAACUGUUUUUCCCUAAGUAGACUGCCCCACCACCAGAUGAAAUGUGAUCUAAUGCAGUUGAUGAUUGUUCCCCCAUUUAUGCCUAAACGGCUUGGUUUCUGUGGACAGUCAAUCAGAGAAGUUUCUGGUGUGCACCAUGCUUCUCCCCUAAAGUAGCUUACAAACAAGUCAUUGCACCAACAUUCCCCAUAUCUUUCCUCUCUGGGGUGAUAGUUGUGGGAAAGAGACUGACAGCACUCGUCUGGGUAGCGGCCUUAUUUGACCGAGGGCCUCCAUUUACUGACUUAACUCUCCUGGAGUCAUAAACACGUCCUUAAAUACUGGUACAGUAGCUAUUGGAACAGCAGGAGUUUCAAGCACCCCAGGGGUAUCUGUUAAGAGUAACUGCAGGAGUUGGAGUUGUUACUCUUGUCCUUGCAGUAAAAAAUAAUACAGAAUUGUAAUUUUACAAGUUCAACCUCUUGUUUGCAAAGGGAAAUGAAAUUGUGAGUUGCCCAAGGUUUGCAUCUUGUUAAAUGGUAGGAUAAUAAUGAUGUUCUAAAAGAAACACAAGCUAAUACAGCCGCUGUUCAGUGGUGUGAGCAUUACACGCAGAUGCUACACUUGCUAUAGGUACAAAUAAUCCUGGAGUUACUGCAAAUUUUUUUGAAAUGUGCAGAUAAUUAAUGUUGCGUGAAUUUAUUGAAACCAAACGUUCUUUAGUUCUUAGACGUGCACAGUAGAAUUAAAAGUCCUUCGGGAUCAUGUCAUAAGUCCAUUUUAGUUUAGCAUUUUUUCCCUCCAGUGGCCAGUCAGAUGCCUGCAGGAUGCUCAGAAACUAGAUUUGAGGAUCAACAGCAGUAGGGGACUGCUACCCCCAUCAGCUGGUAUUUAGUAGCCUCCACACCAGAGACAGUCCAUAUAGUGUUAAUACGUCUAUCAAGGGCAGUCUUCCAUUAACUUGUCCUAGCCCCUUUUAUGAACAAGUUACCUUAACUGCAGUGUAUAUCUCCUUCCCCUCACUCCCCAUUUCAUCUUCUGUUUUGAGUUACUUUAGGCAAAAUAGGAAUGUUACCUGUUCUGUUUGGCUCUUGACUGUUACCAAGGAUGAAAUGUCAUGCAUAGCUUUCUUCACCUUGAAUAAACCAUAGCUUUAUCCCUGUUGUUUAUUCUCAUUUGGUGCAAGUUGCAUUUUGGAAUUGGUGGAGUGGACAUCUAAGCAAAUGGCUGUUGAUAUGUUGUGUUCUGCCAACAUAAAAAUUGACCUCUUUCUUUUUCAGACCUCUUGGACCCGAAAGUCUCUUACUUCGUGGAGCAAGACUGAAAAACACCAAAGAAAUUUUUGGUUUGUAACCACAUAAGUAUUUCACGAAUUGCUCAGAGAUUCUUGAGGCAGGUUCCCCAGAAUGUAGUUAUCUCUUGAGCGUCAGUCAGAGGGGAACACUUUGGUGUACCUUGAAUCAUCUUCCCACUCUCCCUUUGACUAGGCCAUUGGCGUUGCCAUUCACCAGCAUAGCCUGAGUAAUCAGGGUGGCUUAAGGGCUCACACCCAUAAUUAUUAAUGUACAGUUUCUGCAGACUGCUAAAAUAGUCACAGACUAAAUGUGCUGCAGAAACCCAGCAGACCCAUCAACCAGAAAUGCAGCUACCAGCCCCGCAAAGCCUUCUUUUAGAAUAAAAUGUCUGUCUGGCUUCUAAAAACUAACAGAAAGGUUGGAGUUGGUCCCUCGGGAAAGGAGUUCCACAGACUUUUUGCCAUUGCAGAGAUGGCCUUGUCCCAGGUACCACCAUUCUGCCAACCAUACAUUGACUCUGGGUGAACACAGAGCAGAGCCCCUUAGGAAAAGAUAAGAGUUUGACGUAUUCUGGACACAAACAAUAUAGGGCUUUUAAAGGGCAAAAGGAGCACUUUGAAUUGGACUCUGAAACCAACUGAAAUUCAAUGAAGAUGUUGCAAAACCAGCAUAUCUCCAUUUGGAAUGCCUUAAUUAAUACCCUGGUGGUUAUAUGCUUGACCAGCUGUUUCCCAAGCAUGUUUCAAAGAGUGAAAAAGCUGAUGCAGUUUUGCGGAGCAUUUGACUUAGGUGGCUAUUACUUUCAAAGCAAAUUUCACGUGCAACUGCAGUAUAUUAGAUGAAAUGUAAUAAUAAUGGUAAUUAAUGCUUUGAUGUAUUGCCUGCCCUUCACCAUAAGGUCUUGGGGUGGGUUGCAGCAAUUUAAAAUACAAUAUUAAAAACAGUUGAAAACAAAUGGCAGUCACAAGAGUAGGCUGGGUCCUAAAAAUCUUUCUCUCUGGGGUCAAAAGCCUGAGUAAAGAAGUGCAUCUUCAGUGUACAACACAAACUGCUUAAUGAAAAUGCUAGACACAACUCUUCGGGGAGGAAAUUCCACAACUUAAAACUUUAUGGCUAAUGGGUUUCACAUACCCCUUGUAUAAUGGAUAUUAGCACAGACUUCAGAACAAGCUCACAAUAGGACUUAAAUUGGCUGUGUUUGGACAUUACUUUGUACAAGGCAGGCCUGUUUUCCCCUUCUGCCAUGACCAUGAGAAGAGAAGAGGCUGCUUCUUCCAUUUUUGUAUCACAGUUCAGCAUAAGCAGUGGUUAUUCCAACAAUUAGUUGAAAUAAAACAGCUUCAUAAACAAUGGUUAGCAGUUGGUUUUUCCCUAACCAUAGUGAGCGACAGUUAGUCCAUAGUGUGGGAUGGCACAACAAGCUGCAGUUGAAUUAAAACAGAAGCAGCAACUCUCAGACGCCUCCUUACAGCUGUUGCCGGUGUUGGGGAGGCAGCGGUGGUAGCAGGGAGUGUGCACUGCAGCUAGCUCUCAUGACGCUAAGCUGGGAUUUAGCUUUGUAUCUGAACAAGCCCACAGUUUCUCAUAACAGGGCAUUGCUACAAAUCUAAUGUUUCUUGUAUGGCUUUGCAGUCGCAACGAUAAAAAUAGCACUCUGGUUUUUUUUUAAUCAGCUCAUGCUGCAGAUACCAAGUCUAAACAUCGAUUUUGUUUGUUGUAGGUGUUGCAGUGUAUACAGGAAUGGAGACGAAGAUGGCAUUAAAUUACAAGAGUAAAUCACAGAAACGAUCAGCAGUGGAAAAGUAUGUGUCCUGCAGAUUUUCACUGACUGGAAAAUUGUAAUGCUUUAAAAGUUCUCAUAGGGUAUUGUAAGCUGCAAAACUGGAAAUUUUAAGUGCUAAUUUUCUGGGGAAUGGAAAAAGAAUCCUAUUGUAAUCUCUUAAGUUUUUGAAGAGAACAGAGGUGUUGUGCUGGAAAAUGACAUGAGAAUUGGGCCUUCUAUAUUUGAUGUGAAGACAGGAGUGCCUGGCCUGCUCUGGUCCAUGGGGUCACGAAGAGUCAGACGUGACUAAACAACAACAAUAUUUGAUGUAGUCCAGAGUAUUCUAAGACUGAUGAGCCGUGUCUACUUGCCCUUCACUCUCCAAGGAUUUGCUUUGCUGCACUUUCUGCUUAAUGAGCCUGUCCUUCCAAACUCCCCCAUUGCCAUAUUGUCUUUCCAGUCCCUUUCCUCCCUAGGCUGGGAACAGAGGAUUUCUCCUCCUGACUUUGCAUACCCUGUUCUUCAUAGGGAAGAGCAGCGUUCUUCUUGCGCAACCAGAGAUGGUUAGAAACAGGAGGGGAACAUAAGACUGAACAGUUCUUCCUUUCUUCUGUCCUGAGCAAGAUAAUCUUCCACUACUGUGGGCAAUUUUGACCUCUGGCUAGAAACUAGAAGGUCAUAUUCACGCAAAGACCGAAUCACCGUCUUAUUUUUUAACCGGAGUUGCUUUUAUCUCCACCCACAAAUAUGCACGAGGAUGUGUUUUUGCAGCAAUGUAUGGUUGUGUUUAAAUUGUGCCCAGUCUUCCAUGCUUGCUAAUGAAGCUUUUUUUACAGGGUUAUUGACAUCUUGUGGAUAUUUGUGCAUUAAAUCGGCACCCACCAAUUUUGUUUCCUUAGGUCUAUGAAUUCCUUUUUAAUUAUCUAUCUAAUAAUCCUCCUCUUUGAAGCAAUCUUGAGUACAAUAUUGAAAUAUGCCUGGCAGUCUGAAGAAAAGUGGCAUGAGCCUUGGUAUAACCGGCAAACUGAUCAUGAAAGAAACAGCAGCAAGGUACAGUGUAAAAUUAUGUGCACGUUCUAGGUGAUUCCCCCUCUCCCCAUGCUGCCUUGCCUAGUACUAGAGGGAUGUAGUCAUUGCUGCUUAGACAGUUACUUGCUCAGGGAUUCCUUCUCUUCACUUCUAGGGAGCAGUGCCAGAAUGUAAGUUUCCCAAGUUUGAGAGACAUCCCAUUGUUACAAGCCAUUUUGCACAUUGGGUAACUGAUACUGGCAUUGGUUUGUGCAUGCACUAGCCAAGUCUACAGAGGCAUAUUAGCCUAUGAAGUUAGUACUGCAAAAAGAUUUCGUAGGAAAAUGGUGCACUGCAUCCAAGAUGGCAGUUUGCAAAGGGUCCAGUAUUUUAUAGCAAAGGUGUAUUUUAAGAUGUGGCAUGGUGGUUAGGCUUACAUUGCAGAGAACUGAGUUCUGUUCCCGACUGAACCACAACAAAAGUGUACUGGGUCAUCUUGGUUCUGUCGCUAUCUCUCAGAUUAACUGACCUCACAGGGUUGCUUUGUGGAUAAAAUAUGGCAGUGGGGGGGAGCAACCAUGGAUGCCGCUCAAAGCUAUCUGAAGGUGGGAUGCAACUAUAACCUAAAUAAAAUAAAAACAAAAUAAUCAUUCCAGUUCAAAGCUUUCAUAUCAACCCAAACAGAAAGGAUAGCUUUUCAAAGGAGGUAUUGCAGUCUCCAGUUGAUAAUAAGUGACUAAAAGGACAGCGGGGCAUUUUGCAAUGAUUAUUAUUUAUUCUUAAAUCAAUAUGUUUCACUUUCAGUUUGGUGAAUACUAUUUCUCUUUCUUUCUCAUUCAGAUUCUGAGAUUUAUUUCAGAUUUCCUUGCUUUCCUGGUCCUUUACAACUUCAUUAUUCCCAUUUCACUGUACGUAACUGUUGAGAUGCAGAAAUUUCUAGGAUCUUUUUUUAUUGGUUGGGAUCUUGACCUCUAUCACGAAGAAACGAAUGAGAAGGCCCAAGUGAAUACUUCAGACCUCAAUGAAGAGCUGGGACAGGUAUAGAAUGGAUGUUUCAAUAUGACUUCCCCCACCCAAGUUCAGAACAGUCUAUAAUUCCAGUAUCUGCUGAAUUUAUUCUAAAGUUGUUAUUGAUCAGUGAUUUUGUGUACUUACCUUGCAUUACCUAUAAGCAGAGUGAUGCACAAUUCACACAAGCAUGGGAAAGGUGCAGAAUUUUGAACUGACAUUCUUUAUUUUGAGAACCUUAGUUUUAAAAAACCGUUUCCUACCCUUUAGAAAAUGUGUAGAAAUCUCUGAGACCAGAGAGAAUUCAAUGGGCUUUUUAGUUGCUGUGGGUUGGGGCUUCAAUGCGAUGCAAUAAUGCCUCAAUUCUUUUUAUUACUUACUGACGGUUGAACAAAUUGUAUAGCACAGAGUUGCCUCCUGAAGACCCCAGUUUCAAAAUUCCAGUACUUCAAAUGAAAAGGAAAGGAGACGUUGGAGAGUUCUUCCAACUGGAAGAUGGACAGUGGACCAAUGGCCUGACUCUGCUUAAAACAGUUUUGUACAUUCAAAACCUAGGCUAACUUUCCAUAAUGCAGGCUGCAGAAACAAGAGAAUUGUGUUAUCUUGAUGCGUGUUUGUGUGUUAGGACAACAGUGUUGAGCAAUUCAUGAUAGACAAAAGAAAGUACUUUUAUACACUGAAGGUGAGAGAGUGCCUUUUCCCCAGCGUUUUGCUAUGUAAUGGGAUUUGAGUACCGCUCCCAGUUCAGCCUUGUGUCACAUCAACACAAGAUCACAUCAACAUUUUGUGUGCAGGUGGGGGAACAGACAAACUUGGUUUCACUGCUCCUAAACCUAUUUUUCUUAUCUCUCUUCUCAACUUACCAUAGGUGGAGUAUGUGUUUACAGAUAAAACUGGUACAUUAACUGAAAAUGUGAUGCAGUUUCGGGAAUGUUCUAUUAAUGGUAUAAAGUACCAAGAGAUCAAUGGCAAACUGGUUCCAGAAGGGCUGAUUGAGGAUGUUCCAGAUGGAAUACAGCCUAGACUGGUAAGAUUUUCUCUCAGUUACAAUUCAUUAAUGUCUCAUGUAAUAUUCCGGUUAAGUAGCUUAACACUCCUCAAGACUGGGUUCCAUAAGGGACUUACUGAAGUGUUCAAUAGGAGAAUUGAAUGAUCGUUGAGCAGAGGUUUAGGUGCUUUUUUUUGAGGGACAGUGAAUUGUUUAUUUGGAGAGAACAGCCAGAUGAUGUGCACGCUUACUUCGAACAGUAUUCCAUGGGACAUUUUCCAAGUUAACGUUCAUUGGAUUGCAGUCAUGCAUCUUGAGCCUAUCCAUGUUCUUGCUUGGAAGCAAAUCUGAUUUCUUGCAGUGGGGCUUUACCCCAAGUGAGUGCUGCAUAGGAGUGCAACCUUUAGCAAGAGCGACUAUAUACGUUGUGCAUCCUCUUGACUCAUUUUUGUGUGAGAGAGACUUCUGGAUUUUAUGAAAUGUUGCCCUGUGUAUUGCCCGAGCUCACAAUACCACCUCUGCAAAGGAUUGGUAGCACCAUGUUUGCUGUAAGAUGCGGAUCCACUAUAACCCUGCAGCACUUGGGAUAUUUUAUGAUGCCAGGUUGGAUAUUUCCAAGGUUUGGCAGUAGACAAGUAUCACAGUCUUAGGGUUCAGGAGAAGACAGUGAUUAUGUUGUUUGCUGAGAAGUUGCCUCUCUUCCUUUUUGGUCUGAAAGUUCCGCAGGUUUUAGUAACUCCUUUCUUUAGAGAAGAAUAAAAAGAAUUGCUUGUCAAUUUUGUGUUAACCUGUAUUAAUACCAUGUUUUGCCUUCAUGUUUUAAAAACAGACGGAAGAGGAGGAAAUCUUCCUGAAAGCUGUUUGCCUCUGUCACACGGUGCAGAUUAAUAAUGACCAAACUGACGGCAUUUGUGACAGUCCUUGGCGUAGCAAUGGCAUAUCCUCUCAGCUGGAAUACUAUGCCUCCUCCCCAGAUGAAAAGGCUUUAGUCGAAGCUGCCCGCAGGUGAGGAUUAGAAGCCAAGGUUCUGUGCAUUAUUUAGCAGGCAAAAAUGGCAACGCUGGAGAAGUUGAAACUUGCAUCGUUUGUCCCGUUGAGCCCAGAAGAGCAAGGAGAGUGAUGAAACAAGCUUUUUGCCUUUCCCUGAUUUAGCUCAUAAAGCAAGCGUAGCUAUUGGAGUGCCAGUCGGUCAUGGUAGAGAGUAUGACUUUCUUUAAUAUCUCAUGGGGCCCCUGGAGCAGCUAUGCAUAAUGAAGUAGUGACUCAAGGUCAUCAUCCAGAGGAACUUUGCACAAGGCCAGAUCUCUGGCAGGAGGGUAGCAGUGAUUUUUAGCCCCUUCCUUUCCUCUUCAAGCUAUAUCCCUUCCUCCUUGGUAACUUUCCUUUAAUGAAAAGGUGCUUUUGAGACAAGGUCAGCUGGAAUGUCAGCCGUUGGUACUGUUUUCGUAUGAUUUAUACACAAAUAUAUACAGGGGGGGGUAUUGGUAGAUAUUUUAAAUUAUUACAUGGACUAUUUCAUUGAUGGGACAAAGGACUGUAUUGAAAUAAUAUAAAACUUAAUAAAACAAUAAUUUUCCAAUACAAAAAAUUUGCAGCUUACAGCUUUUAGUCAAAAUGUAGCUCCUGGGUAAUGAAAUAGAUGUACCAUGAUAUUUAGAGGAACCAGAAGAUUUGCGGAAAAAAUGUUAGAAAAAGAAUACCAACCCCAAACAGCUCAAUGAUCUCUGAGCUUGAUUAGUGGCCAGUGACACAGAAGGGGAAAUUAAGAAAGUAUUACCGAUUAGCUCUAUGUCUGGAAUCACGAUUGCUUGCACAAUGACUUUAAUUCUUCUUUAAAAUUCUGUUUUAUUUCUAAGAUAAUUCUUCCUGCUGGAGCGGGGCAGUAUAAUGCUUUUUGGUAAUAUCCAAGCAAAUUGUUUCCAUGGGGACACUUUUUUAAACUGACUUCUUUCUUCCAAAUUUUUAAGGGUUGGUGUUGUGUUUACUGGAGCAAGCGCAGAAAGUAUGGAGCUUAAAAGCUGUGGAAAGCCAGAAAGGUUAGUAAUUAAGCAGCAAUAAUGUUUCUCAGACUGCUAAGAUUCUGUAAGGUGUCUCAAUCAGUGUUGAUACAUCAAACCAAUCUGCAUUAUGCCCUCUUAGCAAAAAGCAGUUUAAUUGGCUUGCCUUUAAUCUCAGAGGAGAACUCUCUUUGGCAAUCACUCGUAGCUGAGUAAGAUUGACUUCCAUAAACGGUUUUAACAGUGAGUCCGUAAGUGACUGUAGAGGCCAGUUCUGGAUCCACACGUCCUUCCACAGUGGGGGCAUAGGUUUCCAGGUGGGAGUUGAUCACGGUGAAGGUUUGCCAAGCAUGCCUUCCUCUUAGCACAUUUCUCCCUUUCCUGAGUUCGAGCAUCUUCAAAGCCCAUGACACCUUUGGUAAAGGCUGUUCUCCAAUUGGAGAGCUUGCAGGCCAGUGUUUCCCAGUUGCCAAUGUUUAUACUACAUUUUUAAAAAUUUAAUUUUUUUAAAAAAAAUUUAAAGUCUUUAAACCUCUUUUGUUGACCACCAGCAAUACGCUUUCCAUUUUUAAGUUUAACUGGAAACUCAUUGGGCUCCUAAGUUCAGUCUCUGGCAUUUCCAGUUAUAGAUUCUUAUAUAUUAGGGUGGAGGUUAAACAAGACUUAGUUAGAUGGGCUAUUGGUUGGACUUAUUAUGCCUAUUGAUCAAUUUGUCCAGUUAUGUCAUAUUAUUCAUAAAUGACAAAUGGAGGCAGGCCUGAAGGCAGAUUUGAUUGCAAUAUCUACACCAUAGUUAGCUUAUUUAGUCAUUAUCUAUGAUACAUUGCAACUGCAUGAGGUGGGGGGGAAAUGCCAAUUACAUAAUAUGUUUGCUUGAAAAUAUGAUAACUGUAUGUCGGUCACAGAUACAUUCUUGUCUGAUUGGCAGUGGCUAUUCAUAAGCCACGAACGAGAAGCUUGUUGCUUUUAGCUGUCACUUGGCAGGUCACAGCUUUAAAACAUUCCAGUGUUUUAAAACACUUCCGGAUAAAUAUGUAGCGAGCAUUCUUUUUUUUCAAAAUGUAUAUUCUAAUAUACAAUGAAGAGAAGUGUGUGGUCCUAAAUUGAGUUCCUCCGAAGGAAAGGAAUUCUGAAAACACAAGGAACGUAGACUAGAUCUUUGGUAGAAGGAUUAUAUCUAGAAACAUGCUUAUUUCUGUACACAUAUUCCCUUUUUCUCCACCUGCCACUUGAGUCUCAGAUGCCCCUUGAGUCUCGGCACCUCAUCCAUGUUUGAGGGUUAAAAGCUGCUCCCUGUUCCUGCACCCACCCGGUGUCUGAGCUGGGAGAAUGCUGCUUCUUUUCUCCAGCCUCACCAGUGCAGCAGCAGGCAUGUAGUUUUCUGUAGCUCUUGUGGUUCUUUAGAUUCAACAAUUUCUAGAGGAGUAGCUGCCUUAGUUUUGAGCAGCAAACAGCAAGAGUCUUGAGUACCUUAAGUAACUAACAAACUUAAUUAUGGUACGGUCCGUAAAAGCUUGUGCUGUAAUAGAUUUGUUAAGUCUUUAAGGUGCUACAAGGCUCUUUGUUAGGUUUAACAAGUAAUACUGUAUUGAUAUUUUUGCCUUCAGUUUUUUAAUACAUACUGUAAACAUGAUCUUUCCUUUUGAAGGUACAAAUUACUACAUGUUUUGGAGUUCGAUGCAAAUCGCAGAAGAAUGAGCGUAAUUGUAGAAAGCCCAACAGGUAAGAAACAUCAUGCAUAUUUAUUGCUUCUUACCUUGCUUCUUAAACCAAAACCUGCAUCAGUUUCCUUGUUGGGGACUCUUCUGGAUUCUGAACAGGUUACUAUGAACUGUAAACAUGAUUUACACUUAAAUCCUUUGCAGGUGAGAAGCUCUUAUUCACCAAAGGUGCAGAAUCCGUUAUUCUUCCUCGCAGUACAAGUGGAGAGGUAGAAAAAACCAGAAUUCAUGUGGAUGAAUUUGCUUUGGUAUGUACAAGUGUUUUUUGCUUUUCUUUAAAAUUUGUUAGUAGAUAUCUACGUAAAACUUCUGCUAAACUUGAGAACCAGUUAGUGCUGUGGUUGACACAGAUGACUUAUGGAUACAGAAGAUUGAUGACUGUUCAAUGUGGGACUAAGAACUGAUUCAUACAUGGGGGAUUCCCUGCCCCUUGCUGUCUCCUUCAGGGGCUUGUGAGCUCAGACACCCAGGCAGGGUUGAGUAAAAGUUGAAUUUGUGUCAGCUACUCCCUGCUGAUAGACUUCUUUCGCCAAUGCCAGUGUCACCCGUGAUGUGAACACCUUGAAAAAGUGCCACUCCCUUGCAAGAGGCCAGAGCAGUGAGAUGGGGGCUAUCCCAUUUUUUAAUCUGAAUACAGUGGUACCUCGCAAGACGAAUGCCUCACAAGACAAAAAACUCGCUAGACGAAAGGGUUUUUUGUUUUUUGAGCUGCUUCGCAAGACGAUUUUCCCUAUGGGCUUGCUUCGCAAGACGGAAACGUCUUGCAAGUUUGUUUCCUUUUUCUUAACACCGUUAAUACAGUUGCGACUUGACUUCGAGGAGCAACUCAUAGAACGUGGUGUGAUAGCCUUUUUUGAGGCUUUUAAAGACUUUGGUGAUUUUUGAAGCUUUUCCAAAACUUUCCCGACACCGUGCUUCGCAAGACGAAAAAAAUCGCAAGACGACAAAACUCGUGGAACGAAUUAAUUUCGUCUUGCGAGACACCACUGUAAUAAUAGAAUGAAAGUUGCCUUGUCCAGAGCACCUGCAGAUUAUGGUCAACCAGUUGUAUUGUGGAAUUGGUUUUUGCAUUUCUUUUGUCCUUCAGGUGCUCUUCCUACCCUUUCACUUCAUUUUGUUUAUUGCAAGAGAUGGGGCAGCAACAACAGGCCUCUGGGUGUCAAUGAUUUAUUUAUUUCUGUACCGCAAACGCAUAUAAAAUAUAUGCCGUGUACAAAAUCUCGUUUAACACCACAUGACAAACAAAACCAAAGCAAAAUACAUGAAAGAGAGUAAAGUACAGAUUGGGUCACCACCCAGCUUGUAAAAAAAAGUAAAUCAUUUAGAAAUCUGAUGGAUGUCAGCUGGGCCUGUCUAAUGCUGAAGUAACCCUUUUUGCUUUUCACAGAAAGGAUUAAGAACUCUGUGUGUAGCUUACAGAAAAUUCACCGCUAAGGAGUAUCAGGAAGUCGAAAAACGCCUUUUUGAGGCAAAAACCGCUUUACAACAGCGGGAAGAGCGAUUGUCGGAGGUGUAUAACUUUAUAGAAAAUGACCUGGAACUGCUUGGAGCUACAGGAGUGGAAGACAAGUAUGUACUACCUGAACUAAUUAUUUGGAUGUGGGACUUCUGCCCACUGCAGGGCAGCUUGCAAAUUAAUCCGUUCCAUGCAAAUUGGGGAUUGGUUCCCUUCCUGUGGGCAUAUAUCCUACCCCUCAUUCACAUAUUGUGCCAUGGUAAGCUAUGUGCAUGUAGCCAGAGUCUGUGAUGCUUCUCACCCUCUCAGAAUGCAAGAGUGUACAGUCAGGGCAAUUGCACCUGUAGUUGCAAGUGCAGGAGCUUCACACUGAAUUCGAUACUAUCAUGGGAAGUGAAUAGGCAGCAUGCAGUUUCUACGUAUCGGGCUGAAAUCAAUGCUCUCGGCAUCAAAACCUUGGGUGUUCAGCGGCUGGAAAAUCGUACUUGUGUGGCUGUGCUAUAUACCUUGUGCCAGCCAGCCUGACACAAGAAAAAACACCUGGCAAUAGUCCUCCUUGGGAUUGUCCUCUGACCACUUCAGUAGCAGGCAUGAGCAUUCAUUGAAUUUGGUGAAGUAUGUUACCAAAUACAAAUGUUUAAAAGUGAGGUGAGUAAAGGCUUGGUGUAGUAGCCUAAGAUAAUGGGUGCCUCUUGAAGCUAGUGCAGGUAUUAUAUACAUAAUAUACAUAUAUAAUAUGCAUUAUAAGCUCUACCGGUGAAAGGUAAAGGACCCCUGACAGUUAAAUCCAGUCGCAAACGACUCUGGGGUUGCGGCGCUCAUCUCGCUUUACUGGCCGAGGGAGCCAGCAUUUGUCCGCAGACAGUUUUUCCAGGUCAUGUGGCCAGCGUGACUAAGCCACUUCUGGCGAACCAGAGCAGCGCACGGAAACACCGUUUACCUUCCCGCCGGAGUGGUACCUAUUUAUCUACUUGCACUUUGACGUGCUUUCGAACUGCUAGGUUGGCAGGAGCAGGGACCGAGCAACGGGAGCUCACCCCUUCAUGGGGAUUCGAACCACCGACCUUCCGAUCGGCAAGCUCAAGGCUCAGUGGUUUACACCACAGUGCCACCUGCACUCUACUGGAGCCUGAAACAAAGCACUGAACUUGGUAUUAAAACUGGAAUUCAGUGUAAUGAGAAUUUGUGGAGGGUUUUUAAACAUUUGUGCUUGGAAAAGGUAUGCGUGAGAGUGUGUGGACUGCGGAUAGGAUAAUCUCAGAAGCCAGAGCAUUUCUAGAAUAACUCUUCCGGUGAUUUGAGAACAGGGCUUCUUUAGAGAAACCAGACUAAAUCAAGCUCAGUGAGACACAUAAUCAUAAAAUCAGUUGUAGCAUUGUUGACGAGAAUGGCUUGUUUUACUUUCAGACUCCAAGACAAAGUCCAAGAAACCAUAGAAGCGCUCCGACUGGCAGGUAUUAAAGUGUGGGUGCUCACUGGCGACAAGCACGAAACCGCUGUCAGUGUCAGUUUAUCUUGCGGACACUUCCAUAGAACCAUGAACAUCCUGGAACUUGUGCAACACAAAUCAGACAGUACAUGUGCAGAGCAGCUGAGGCAGCUAGCCAGAAGGUAAAAUGCUGUGCUGUGUCUGGGUGGAUAACGUUAACAGCUCUUAAUGCAGAACUCUCUCGAUACGUAAAUAAGCCAGUCGCUUUGCAUCUCCCGUCUUUCCGGCAUGACUCUUCACCUGAUGCUAACAAGCCUGUUGCUUUGGGAAAGGAGAGGGAAUCUUUGUCCUUCAGGUUCUUUUGAGGAUUUGGUCUUAACAAAAAGGGGUGGGGGUUAGGAACGGAUUGCAAGCAGUAACAUUUCCUCCUUCCCUUGUUAGAAUAGAGGAGGACCAUGUAAUCCAGCAUGGGCUGGUGGUGGACGGGACCAGCCUCUCCCUCGCACUCAGGCAGCAUGAGAAGCUCUUCAUGGAAGUCUGCAGAAAUUGCUCUGCCGUCCUGUGCUGUCGCAUGGCGCCUCUGCAGAAAGCAAAGGUAAUUUGCUUAGGUUGCAGGGUCAUCUGGCAGCCACGAUCUGCUGUGGAGGUGCCCUCAACACUUGUAGCAUCCUCUGUUAUUUAUUUAAUGCCUUGCUAAUGGACUGGUUGGGACACGGGUGGCGCUGUGGGUUAAACCACAGAGCCUAGGACUUGCCGAUCAGAAGGUUGGCGGUUUGAAUCCCCGCGAUGGGGUGAGCUCCUGUUACUCGGUCCCUGCUCCUGCCAACCUAGCAGUUCAAAAGCACAUCAAAGUGCAAGUAGAUAAAUAGGUACCGCUCCAGCGGGAAGGUAAAUGGCGUUUCCAUGCGCUGCUCUGGUUUCGCCAGAAGCGGCUUAGUCAUGCUGGCCACAUGACCCGGAAGCUGUACGCCGGCUCCCUCGGCCAAUAAAGCGAGAUGAGCGCCGCAAUCCCAGAGUCGGCCACGACUGGACCUAAUGGUCAGGGGUCCCUUUACCUUUACCUAAUGGACUGGUUGAGAGCCAAACAGCAGCAUAGCCACUCCCUUCCUAUCUCCCAUUCUAGUACUCUAUACUGACGUAGUCUCUCGCACUUGAAUGGUUAUAGAGCAAGCCUGAAACAUGCGAAAACAUUACAGCCCACAUUCUUACUUUAGGCAUCAAAAAUUAGACUUCCAGCUACCAUCCAAGAAUACAUUACUCCCUUAAUCUGCGUCCGGAGAACAGAGAUGGUAGGUCCUUACCCCAAGGAGCUUAAAAGUAUAUUUUUUAAAAAAUGUAUUCAAGCUGUAAUCACUGUCCUACUGACUUUGCUAAUGGCAUUUUGUUAUUUGAGCAGCUCCACAAAAAACCCCAAAAGGCAGUACUUGGGGUUCCAUUUUUAAAACCCUGUUUUUCUGUACAGGUGGUGCGGCUGUUGAAAACCUCUCCAGAGAAGCCUAUCACGUUAGCUAUAGGAGAUGGAGCUAACGAUGUGAGCAUGAUACAGGAAGCUCAUGUUGGGAUAGGUAAGAGCCUUCUCGUUGUGCAGUUCUAUCUAGGUUUUUUGUUUUGGAGUCUUCAGAGUCUCCUUGCAUUCAAUAAGCGGAGUUAUGAUACGUAUCUGCUCUGUGCACGAAAGACCUGGGGGAUAAACAAGAGGCUCUGUCUGCACACGGAUGACAUAUAAAAAUGUAUUUAUAGCUCCUUUUUAGCCAAGGUUUUCUUCUAAAGAGGCUUACAAUUUUUAAAGCAAAGGUAUGAUAUAGUUUAGAGCAGCCUUCCUCAGCCUGGUGCCUGGCUUGGGCUGAUGGGAGUUGUAGCGCAAAACAUCCAGAGAGCACCCAGUUGAGGAAGGCUGAUUUGGAGGGUAUGCUGGGGGGGGGGGAGGCAGUAUCUUCUGACCCCUGGGAAUAUAUGACCCAGUCCAGGUUCUCCCAGAGGGACGUGACGGAAGGGGCUGGCAGAUGGUGAAAAUGCCAGUUUGCAGCCCUUCCAUUGACCUUCAGGUUCCUGGCACCAAAAAUAAAAUAGGGGAAAAUACCUAUGUAAAGAAGUGGGGGGCGGGGGGAGCAUACGUGGGACUUCAGUUUGUGUGUCCUUACUUUGUAGACGCUUGGCUUGCUUUCCACUCCAUUGAUUUAACCUUCGUAUUGUGCUCAAAGCAGCUCACAGUAAUGGCAAUGACAUGGGGGUGGGUCCAAGAUGGCAACGGCUUAGCAAGCAGGCUUCGGAGCUCCGCAGAUAACAGGACUAUAAUUAGCAUUGACUGCCACCCAGGGAAGUAAUUUUUCCUUUUUUACUUCUCUACUUUUUAACUUACUGAGAGUCUAACAGCACCUUCUUGUCUAUGCUAUGAGAAACAUCCUGGGCAAGUUCUGUGAAGCAUCCUGGGCAGGCCGCCAGCUGCUAGCUAUUAACCACCAACUCCCUUCUAUACUUUGUCCCUGAAACUCCUGGCAGUCUCCACACAGAGAAGCUCUUAAAUUGAACAAACUGAGCACUUUCUAUUCUUUUCUCUCUUUUUUGGUUGGGGAAACCUCUCCUUGUUUACUCCCCACGGUGACGCUAUGCCUGCUAGUAAACGCCACAGGGACCCAGAGGAUGUAGCUCUCUCACCGGUUCCCAAACAAUCUAAAAUAGAGGACUUUUUAAACAAAUCUGCUUUUACAGUUCCAACAAAAAAACGGUUUUCUCCUCUUGAAGAUGAUUGUGAGUGUGUGGAGAGUAUUCAAGGUGAGAGCGUGGAACUGGAUCCAGCAAUGGGGCAAGCUGAUCCUGUGCUCCUCAGAGAGGAAGGAAUAACAAGUAGGGAGAGCACCCAAUUAACUCUAAUUGCAAGAACGGUUGAGCAUAUCUUCCAGCAAAUUAGAGGUAUUGCCUCUCAAAUAACCCAGUUAUCCAAAGAGGUCCACAGUUUAUCAGUUAAUAACAAGCAGGCAUCAACAGAACACCAUAAUACCAAAGGAAAUUGGCGACAACAAGAGCAGACCCCUAAGCUCAACAUAGAACGUGCAGAGGCUCUUAAAACAAACUCUUCUUAUUUAAUCUUCCAACCAAAAAAUAUCUGCAUGACAAUUUGUGGAAGGCCAGAUCAAACGCCUAGCUGGAAAGGUGCCCAGCGUUCCAAACGACAUUUAUCAGACUUACUUGGCAUUGGACUUACAGAGAUCAACCUCGUUAGGACUGAACUCUUGAUUACCACAAAUCAAAGCCAAAAAAUUAUGUUAACUUUUUCCUGUACUAGACUGCCCUCACUAAUUCACAAGCUGAAAUUCAGAUUGUCAAGCAGAGGAGUUUUUCCAACCCGGGUAUUUCGCAAUUCUAUUGUUGCACCCUUAUGUAAGAUGACUGCUGCUUCAGAGGGGCUCACAAAACCAAAGCCUGGAUCCCCAAUGGAAGUAAUAACAUCACAAAAAAACUUGGCAGGUGGGGAGGAAACAGACAUACCUGAGUUGAAUCCGCAGGAUCAUGCCCAACAUCAAAAUAACCAGGUGAGCCAAAAGGAACAGCCGAUUCCUCAUCUUCAGGAAUCUGAGCACUCUGUAAAUCCUUUGGAAGAGGAUUUUCUCAGCUCCUUUAGGAAUCUCCCUCAGGAAGAGCAACAAACAGUUAUCAAGAGGCUUGAUCUUAUGAGCCAGACAUUGAAAGAGAUUAAAGAACCGGAGGCAGCGAUUGAUAAUAGAUCCAAUGACCACAACAGAAUGAUAACUAUAGAACCACCGGAGUAUUGGACAAAGAUGAGAUAUUUAGAAGAGGAGGAGUCAGGAAAUACACCCAAGAAAUCCCCAUUGGCAAACAAUUUGCAAAGAAAAGGCCCAGUGAUUACAAAUGUGAGCACUUUAUGUACGACGACUGAAAUAAUUGAACAUCUGGAUUAUUCCACUAGCAUUAGCAAUAACCUGUUGCCUCAAAAACUGGUAAACUCCGAGAGCACAUCGGCCAACAAUUGACUAAGAGUAAAUCACUGUAAAACAAUUAAACUUCUCUCAUGGAAUGUAACAGGGUGGACGAACAAGAUCCAAGACAGUGAUUUCUGUUCUUAUCUACAAACACAUGAUAUCAUCUUUCUUCAAGAAACCUGGGCAAAAGAGGGCACUAUGGUUGAAUUACAGGGUUUUACAAGUUACACUCAACCAGCUCUUAAAACUGAAAGGAUGGAAGGUCUAGUGGGGGGCUGGCGGUGCUGGUGUCAACCUCUCUUAAUGUAUCAAUUCAACAGUGUCCCUUGUUGACCACCCCUAAUUUUUUAGUGUUGUCCCUUUCUGAUAGUCUCCUGAGAAAUACUUAUUGCGGGGGGCCACUAGGGGGCGCAUUGGAAGAUGGCCAACAAUACCAUGUCUCCGACCCACACGGGGUACAGUGGUGCCUCGCAAGACGAAAAGAAUCCGUUCUGGGAGUCUCUUCGUCUAGCGGUUUUUUCGUCUUGCGAAGCAAGCCCAUUGACGGAUUAGCGGAUUAGCGCUAUUAGCGCUAUUAGCGGCUUUUAGCGGCUUUUAGCAGCUUAUCAGCUUAUCGGAUAAGCAGAUAAGCGGCUUAGCGACUUAGAAAAGAGGGGAAAAGGAAAAAAAACAACCAGGAACUCGCAAGACAUUUUCGUCUUGCGAAGCAAGCCCAUAGCAGAUUCGUUUUGCGAGGCACCUCCAAAACGGAAAACUCUUUCGUCUAGCGAGUUUUCCGUCUUGCGAGGCAUUCGUCUUGCGGGGCACCACUGUAAUUAAGAGGCUGUUAUGGGAGUAGGCAGCCUCCCUUGUUGCCCCAAGGAAAUGGGGAACACUGCCCUUGCCUGCUGUGCCCAUAAAUCACCCCCUAAUUCGAAAGAAGGGGGUGAGGGCCCUAGGCAGAAUGCCCUCGUGUGGACAUUGGCUCUCCUGGACGCUGUCUCUGAUCGCGCACUAGUUGCAGCAAUUUGGAAUAAUUAAUUACAAAAGAAGCAAAUGCACAUAUUUCAAGUGAAGAAGGGGAGUGAAGUCUGCUAAUUUAAGUGACCUCUGCAAAAGAAGACGACGGGAUGGAGAAACAGGAAUAUUUUACGAUGAAGAUACACCAAAGGCGGGGUAUGUUGACAAUGGGGCUGAAUGGGGGGGACGGACCUUUUUUACUUUCCUUCUAUGUGAUUUACAAGAACCCCUCCUCAUUAGAACCGUCGGUUGAACUGACCCAAGCAGGAUGAUUAAGUUCUGUGUGGAGAUAAACUUUAACCAAAAGUAUGCUUUAUGGAGACCGAGAAGCAAUAAGAGCUUUUGGGAAUGUCGCAGCAAUUAAUUCGGGGUCACCAUCUUGCCAAAGGAAUUAUAGCCGGGAGGAAGAACAGAUUUGUUUUCAGACUGCAUUCCUAGUGAAUCUCCUCAGAGGUUUUGAGAAAAGGAGGCAGAUUGGUGAAGAUUAAUGACGCUAUGACUGUUUUGAUGUAUGGAAGUGAUGUUAUAUGGAAAACGUCUGGAUAUGGCUACUGGAUAAAAAAAAUAAUAUCCACACAGGAUUACAAACUGUUCUAACCAGCUUGCGGAGACUAUCAGAGGUCACAAAGAGAAAGGGAAAAUAUAUGAAAAUAACAACAAGAGAUGUGGAAAAAUAAUAAGAAAGGACUGGAUAGUACUGUGAACAUCAUAAGGUUAGAUUUGUGGACAUUAAAACAGCAGUAAGAAGCAAGAAGUUGAUUGGAUCCCUUCGGAACUUGAAACAUGGGUACCCCCAACAAAAAAUUAAAAUUCGGCUGUGUAAUUUGGAAUUUAUGUAAUUUGGUUUGAUUUGAUAUGAUUGGUCGGUUAAUAAAAAAUUAUUCUUAAAAAAAAGAGAGAGAAAUACUUAUUGCAUAUGUGUGUAUAUACCUCCAGUAAAGUCUUGUGGGGAACUGAGAUCAUAUUGGGAUAAACUUGACCAACUACUCGAAAGUAUAGACUCUCUGUCACCUAACCCUCGGUUUAUCUUGGGGGUGACUUCAAUGCCCGGAUCGGCCUUGUUUCCCCACAAAAUACAAUAUUAUCUGGUCUAAACUUGGAGGACGAACCUGAAAUCUGUCAGAGGGCAGCAAUGGACACCACCUCUAAUCGCGCUGGGAAACAUCUUUGUGAACUUACAAUAAAGCAUAACCUUUUGUUAUGCAAUGGGCACGGUCAAGGGGAUCAAGAGGGUUAUUUUACUUUUAUCUCCCCCAGAGGAUUUACUAGCACCAUAGAUUAUAUCCUAAUAUCUAAUAAUGUGCUGGUUAACCGAGAUACCUUCAGGAUAAUUCCCAGAGCUGAAAGUGACCACUUUCCACUUGAGUUAUCUCUGACAUUAUUCUUUUCUCCUGCCUUUCCUAAAUUAUUGGAUGAAACAGAAUAUCUGAUACUUGGAAAUAGAAGGUUAAAAUGGAAUGCACAGGUCCAAGAAAAAAUGAUUCAGAUCCUGGAUUCCCAUGAAUUUGCUUUAUUAAAGGGGGAAAUGUUGUUAGAAACAGGAAAUUGUAAUUGGACUUUAUGAGAACAUAAUCAACCGAAUGCGCCCACUGAUGACCACAGCUAGUGUGAUAAAAAACAAAAAGUUUAAGAGACAGACUUGGUUUGAUAAGGAAUGUCAGAAUAGCAAAAAAUGCCUAGCUAGGGUACUUAGAAAAUUGAAGUUAAAACAGGAUAAGCACAAUCUUGCCCUACAAGCUGAGGUAGCCCAGUUACGAAACAACUAUAAAUUAUUACUUAAAAGCAAGAAACAAAUAUAUUAUGAACCACAGUGGAAAGAAUUGGGAGAUGCAGCACUUCAGAAGGACUCACGGAAAUUUUGGCAUCUGGUUGCCCAAGGCACAAAUGGGAUGGGCUACUUGUUAGAAGCAUCUGUCCAAGGAAAGGAUUGGGUGACAUAUUUUACAGAAAUAUAUGGCCCCUGUCCUGACCUACCCCCACAAGUUUACUAUACUCAGUUAUCAGAACUGCCAGAAUGGCCAGACGUCACGCCCAAUCAGAUUAAGAGGCUAAUCGCAAGCCAACUAGCUAAUAAAGCUCCAGGAGAAGAUAUGAUCCCAAUGGAGAUCUAUAAGAUAAGACCUGAUUUCUGGUCACCCAUAUUUGCAAAAUUGUUUUCAUACAUUAACAGCUCAGGUCAUAUACCUGAAGGGUGGAAGUUGAGUAUAAUUGCCCCAAUAUAUAAAAAGGGCGAUAAGAAAAACCCUGCGAAUUAUAGACCCAUUAGUUUGUUAGAUGUAGCCUCCAAACUAUAUGCCAGGCUCCUUCUUGGGAGACUAGAAGAAUGGGCAGCUACAAAUAAGGUGAUAUCUGAAGUCCAGGCAGGUUUCCAAAGAGGGAAAUCCACAUUGGACCAGUGCUUUGUGCUGAACUUUCUGCUAUGUAAAUACAUCCAUAAUUUGAAGCAAAAAUUAUAUGUUGCUUUUAUCGAUCUAAAGUCAGCUUUUGAUACGGUCCCAAGACGCGCAUUGUGACAAAAAUUGGAAAAGACAAAUAUAGACCUCCGUCUAUUAUUUCUCAUCAAAACAUUAUAUACUGACACAAGUAAAGGUGGAUCUGGCUGGCCAUCUCACCACUAUGAAGACCACUACUGGAGUCAAACAGGGAUGCAUUUUGGCACCUUUCCUGUUCAAUUUUUAUAUUAAUGACAUGGUUAAAGAACUGGAGGGCCUACAGUUUGCCCCUGUCACAAUUCUCGACCAAAAACUCUCAGUUUUAAUGUAUGCUGAUGACCUAGUACUUGUAUCUAGAACCCAGGUGGGCCUGAGACGGCUGCUUGCAAAAUUAAGUUCAUAUUGCAUGAGGAAUGCUUUAUCUAUAAACUAUGAUAAGACGCAGGUCAUUGUAUUUGGGAAGCGUUCUAAAAAGCAUGUUUGGCACCUGGAUGAACACAUCAUAAACCAAGUAAAUGGCAAUGACAUUGAAAAUUAGCAAACAUCACAAUCACUAUAAUAGUAUCAAAAAUGCAGUAGCAUACAAAUAAAGCAACAAAAAAACCCAUUGAUGAAUUAAUACAAUUCAAUACACACUUGCAACCAUUCAGAAUGCCAGAAGGAGGUGCUGAGCGCCAGCCCUUUUCUGUAGCACUACAGCAUCUGUAAGACAGUUCAUAGAGUUGGGCAGAAUCUGUUCUAGAAGACCAUUUACACAGAGAAAAUACUACGCCAGUAUUUUCUUGCAAAAAUUAGAAGCCUUCAUUUUUAUUCACCUACUUGCUCUCACACAGUGAUGCUAAUUACAUGUGGCCUUUUUAUUUCUAAUCCAAACCAACAGGCAAGUGAUUUUUUAGAAACUUGUACUACAUAAAUUGAGUUUAUUCUCGAUUUAUAAAGGAUACUGAGCAUUAAGGAACUGAGCAUUAAUGGGCUUCUUGUUGUUAUUAAAAGCCCCAGACUAGAUGACAACAACAACAACAACAACAACGCCUUACACAUUCAAGACCUGACUCUUCUAGUCACUUUUCCCAGUUGCUUGUGUUAGUUUUACUGUGUUUCAGGCUCCUGCCCUUGAAUUUUGCGUGCCUCGGGGGCAGGUGAUAAAGUCACCUUAAUUUUUCUUUUCUCCAUAUAUUACAGGUAUUAUGGGUAAAGAAGGAAGACAAGCUGUAAGAAACAGUGACUAUGCAAUUGCAAGAUUUAAAUUUCUUUCCAAAUUACUUUUGGUCCACGGCCACCUUUAUUACAUUAGAAUAGCAACCCUUGUACAGUACUUUUUUUACAAGGUAAGUUCCUGCAGAUCAUGACUGCAUCUUCCUGUUGCUAGAAACAUUUUCUUCUGAUGGUACUUCCUUAAGGUUAACUGCACCAGGUGGAAGAACAUUCAGAAACACCUAAACAGGACCUCAGUUAACCAAACACAUAACUUCAGAAGUUAUCCACUGCUGGUCUUUUAAGGACUCUGCAUUGCCACACACAUCAUUCAAAGCUAUAAUAUGCAAUUGUCUUCAGCAUGGUACUUUGCAUUCUUAACAUUUAUUGGCAGAGCUGAGAUACCUUUAACUGACUCAGUCUGGAACUUUCUUAUGUUAGAGAAGGAAAUUUUCCUGUUUCUUCUUCUUCUUUUGCUCCAUCCUGCAUUGUUCAAGAACGCCCUCUGGUUUUCCAGAUAAGCCUUUUGGGGUUUGCAGAUGGGAUAAGAGUAUGGUAACUUCCCUUCCCUUAACUUGGGAUUCAAGCUGAAAAUGAUUGUCAUUUAAACGGCAUGGUUUGCAAACCAGGUAGUUUCAGUACAGUAGUAUUGUGUCAUGGGUCGGGGGUUACAUUCCAGGAAUGGCACAUCUACGCAAAAAUUGUGUAUGUACUUGAACCACCCCCAUAUGGUGAACCUUACCUUCCAAGCAAGGCAGAGAGCUUUCCAGCUUGCCAGCUUGCUUUCCAGGCUCUGGGAUGCUCUCGCAAGAUCUCACAGGGCCAUUCGAGUUCCUGUGAAAUCUCACAAGAGCACCCCAGAGCCCAGGAAAUAAGUAUGAGAGCGUAACAGCUCUUUCCACGCCGGGAAAACCCAGUGCAAAAGGAGCUUUUAAGCUCUCUGCCUUGUGUGCAAUUAAUUUUUAGCAUCUGAGCCGGCCAGCUUUCAACCACACAAGGUUGAAAUUGUGCAAGUUCAUCGUGCACAAGAUGUGAUCAUAUUUUACCUAGUUUUAUAAGGUAACUGUGGCUUCCAUGUGAUGGACACAUAAUGAAAAACCAUGGUCAAUAGACAAGGAAGGAGGGAUCCUGGGGGGGAGGGAGGAGGCAGGGUCCACGUGCUCUCUAUUUGUAAACCAUAAUUGUCAGAGCUGUUAAGGCUUCACUCUAGUGUAGACUUAGGACCUGAGAUUCUUUAUUUGGUAAUGGAAACGAUGGUAUCUGAGAGCAUUUUAGUGUAUCAUGAAUAUUACCCACAUUAGAACUUUCCUUUUUAGUCCAACCAGUGUGUCCUAGCUAGCUGUAUCUUAUUACCCUGAUCCUGAAUUCGAUAGUGUCCAAGAUUAAAAAUCUGUGUAAGGUUGGGAUUUGCUCUGUUCCUCCCAGGAUUCCUAAUUGAACAUUAUGGCUAGUGGCCUAUAUAAACUUAGACCCAUUUCAAUAUCCAUGAUAUGCUGUACUUGCUUGGUGUCGCCUAACUGGUUCUGCUUCACUUUUUGUUUUCCAGAAUGUGUGCUUUAUUACACCACAGUUUUUAUAUCAAUUCUUUUGCUUGUUUUCACAACAAGUAAGUAUUCAUUUGAAUGUUUCUUCCAGUUCCCCACCCCACCCCAAUGCAUUUAUGGGUGGAUAUAGAGAAGUGAGAGAAAGAAAAAUAGAAUAUUUUAUAUUGUACGAUAGCUAAAACAGAAUGACUGUUCCUACAGCCAGAUAACCCUUAAGUAUCAUCUUGGUCCCUGACAUGGUGAGCUCUUGUUGCUCGGUCCCAGCUCCUGUCGACCUAGCAGUUCGAAAGCAUGUCAAAGUGCAAGUAGAUAAAUAGGUACCGCUCUGGUGGGAAGGUAAAUGGCAUUUCUGAACCUCAGAGUCGUUCGCGACUGGACGUAACUGUCUGGGGUCCUUUACCUUUGCCUUUAACAUCUUGGUAUCACUUCUCUUCUCUAUCCCCCCUCCCUUUUUUUGUCUAUCUACCUUUAAAAUUAUCAUUUGUAAAGUCAUAGAAAUAUACAAGAACUUGUCUGUGUCUGUGGGGAAGAUUUUUAUUUUCAAUGUGAAAAUAGCCUCAAGGGUCAUUAAAGACUUUGCCCUACAGAAUGAGAGAUGCACAAAGUGAAGUGAUACCCAUCUUUGUACCAGUUGGUUGGGUGCCAACCUUUUUCCUUUCUCUGAGGUGUUAGGGUCUACGAGAAACUUCAAAAGAGGUAGACUUGUGCUAGGAAGCUGAAAACACAUUUAGAGCAUGAUGAACUCGUAACAUUCACUAGUUCUUGUGGUUUGAAGCAUCACUGUAAGUAAGCUGCAGAGAGGGAAUGGGGGCAUAUUGGUUUUGUGGUGUAUCUUUGACGUUAUAGAACUGGAUGCCUUUUGGUUUUAUAGAAAUAAAACCUGGCUUUUGAAAUUGCUCGCAACCGAGCACUUUUGACUCUUAAGUCCUGUCUCCUGUUUCUGCAUUUCAGAACCACUAAUUCCCCUCCUUUCCUGCUUUUCAGACUCUGUAUGACAGUGUGUACCUGACUUUGUACAACAUUUGUUUCACCUCCCUGCCGGUCCUCAUGUACAGUCUUUUUGAACAGCACGUGCAUCCCCAUGUAUUACACAGCAAGCCAACGCUGUAUCGGUAAGCAUGCUCUCCUGGGGGGAGGGGUGUGCUUAAUAAAUUAGUAAUGGGGCACUCCCCCACCCCCACCCCACCUCAAGUGGUAGAAAAACAGUGGCACCAGAAGCUGUUAAAAGCACCAGUACUAGAUGAUCCCAGCCUGCUUGUUUCGAUGUAACUGGCAGAUAUUCUUGUGAACACUGAAUAACUGAAAAGUGGAUGAGCCAUAGUCAGUCAUCAAAGCAAAUACAGUGGUACCUCUGGUUACGAAUGCUUCUGGUUACGAAUGCUUCAGGUUAUGAGAUCCGCUAACCCGGAAGUAGCUGCUCCUGGUUAUGAACUUUGCCCCAGGAUGUGAACAGAAAUCACGUUACCAGAGGUCCCAUUAGCAAAAGUGCGCCUCAGGAUAAGAAUGGUUUCAGCUUAAGAACGGACCUCCGGAACGAAUUAGUUUUGUAACCAGAGGUACCACUGUAUAUAGUUUCCACAUGGAAGAUUCCUUGCUCAGUCUAGCCAUCUCCCGUUUAUGACGGCAGGACUGGGCUGAGACUGUUGCAAAGAAGGGGAGGCAACACUAGGCUAAAUGAGUCCAAGGGUCAGGCUGUAACUCUGAGACUAGGGAGCCCCUGGCCCUCCAGAUGUUGCUGGACUGCAACUCCCAUCUGCCUCAGCAUGGUCCCAAACCUGAGAGAUGAUGGGAGUUGUAGUUCAGCAACAUCUGGAAGAGCCACAGGUUCCCCACCCCUUGCUAUAAGGCACCCACACGCUGGCGAGGUCAGUUUUUAAUAACGUUCAGGAACAUUUGUGUCGGUGCAGGGAACACCAAAAAGCUGUCCUUUCCUCUCCCUUCUCUGAUAGUAUGACAGAACAUCUUCUCAUCUAUUUGACAGAAUGACACUCAGAAUACGCAAAAUAGUUUUCUUUGCUUGGAAAACUAUUGAACCUGCCAUGGUACUUUUCAUUCUUCAAAUCGAGUACGAAGUAAAACUUCAAAAUCAAAUGUCAGGAUGGAUAGCUGGCUGCCUUCAUUUGUUGAGGGAGGUCAGUCACAGAUGUUUCCAUUCCGCUCCGAAAACUAAGGAGACGCUACCUUAACAUUUGAAUCCUAGGUUUUGUUAAUUUAAGAAUUUUGCUAGAGAAUGCCAAGAGAUUUUUUUUGAGAUAUUGGGCUGAACCACAUCACCACAGAGCUGCAAAAGCUAAGAACCUGUGAAUCCCUCUGGUUUCAAAGCUUGAAAUGUACUGCUUGAUCUGUUAAAAGGCCAGUUUAUCUGUUUAAGUCCUGGCUCCCAUAAAUUCAUCAAUCAAGCCAAUUGUAUUUUGACAAAUGGGGGAAACUGGCUCAUUGGGGAAUGUUCCUGGAGGCUGCAAGGUCAGUACAUCAUUUAAUUUUGCAGCGACGCUAUCAGAUGUUUAUCUCAGGUGGCUAGAGAACGUUUUUAUGGUUUUACCAGAAGAGGUGCUCUCUGAUGCAAUGGUGAUUGUAUCUCAAGUGCAUACAGAAUUAAAAUGGGCUUUCUGUUAAUUGGAAAGUAGCAGUAAAGGCCUUGUAUCCUUUUUUCCCUUUACAGAGACAUCAGUAAAAAUGCCCACUUGGGCUUUAAACCUUUCCUUUACUGGACCUUCCUGGGAUUCGUUCAUGCUUUUGUUUUCUUCUUUGGCUCAUAUAUUCUGAUGGGAGAAGACACUUCAUUGCUGGGAAAUGGCCAGGUAAGGUAGAAUGCACACUUACGAUAGAGAAAUCACAAUCACCUGUAACGUUUCUGGGAAGUUUAUGUUCCAUCAACGACAAAAUCACUUGUUAGGCAUAUUUAAACCAUGGGUGUCUUAAGCUAUUUAAAUAUGGUUUUCUGUAGGCUUUGACCUCUCAUGCAGCCGGGGCUAAAUCAACCAUUGUUGUAAGUGUGCAAAAGCAUAUGGUGGUCUUCUAAACAAGAAUAAUGUGAGGGUACCUCCACGGGGAUAACACAGAGAUCUUGUUCUUGAGCUGCCCAGAUCAUAGCAGAGCAUAAUGGUCUUUUGUGUUUAUCAUGUGGCGGUUAGUCCAGUCUCUUAAUUCCAGCUGUUUGGAAAUGUUAAAAAUGCUGUUGGCUUGCCCAACUUGAGGAUCACUAUGUCAAUGCACUCAGUGCCUUGAUAUGGUGGCGAAUAACUCAAAAUAUUUUUACAGAGCACUUAACUGUGUUAAUUGGGCUGACAUAUGUUCUCUCUAAUCCUUACGGGGUGAUUGCAUUACUCUUUCCUGUAUUGCAAAUUGGAUGUAGGUGGGUUGAGAGGUUGGGAAUUACAUUAAGGCUACCUGGCAAGUUUAUGGGGGAAGUGCCAUCGGAACAAGGACUUUAUAACUUGGUCACAACAUUUAUUCCAUUUAGCAGUGAAGGAGGAUUGUGUCGGCUUUCCUCCUUGUCUGUGCAUGCAUAGGAUCGGGGAGUGGCAAUUAGUGGUGGCGUCCCACAACAGAAUUCAGCAACUUGGUUCUGUGCUAUCCAUGUCAUUGCAGCAAAAUUCACCUAUUGCUGGCAGUUGCCAGCAACCUUGGUACCAUAGCUGAACUAAUUCAGUAGUCAGUUUGAGCCUCCAGGCACUCCUUUUUCGGUUGCUUCCUAGGCCGUUCGUAGCCUGUCCACAUUGAAAGUGAGACUGAGGGUUUUGAUGGUCCACGUCUGCCACAAUAAAAAUAACUCUAGCGUACAGCUUGGCUUCACCCUGUCAAGCGAUAAGGAGGAGUUUGGCCAUGCAUCAGCUGUGGCUAAAUGCUUAUUUGUUAUCAGUCAUAGUUGCACUGCAGGCAGAGUUUCUUUUCCCUCCCCAUGAGAUCCUUUUAACCAACCUGAAAUCUGCGGCAGAAUGGGACACAGUGGUUUCAACCAAGAAUUUUGUCACGGUUGAAGCUAAGAGAGAAUGUUUUUUCUGUGAAUGUCUCUGCCUCUCUCUUGCUCUCUCUCCUCUCUAUCUCCUCUGUCUCUCUUUCUAAUUCAUAGCCUUACUCUGUCAUACUGUACUUCAAUUUGAUCUUUUAGUUUUCUUUCCCCCCCUUUUUUCACGCUGUGCAUGUCAUCAGAUAUUGAAAUCUAACAGGCAAAUGGUAAGAGUCUGUGUUGUAGGAAGAGCGAUACAAAAAUCAGCAGAUACAGUGUCUUUGUAUCUGUGGUGAAGAAUGCAGCAUGUAUCCUCCAUGAAUACAUUCAAAAAUAAAUGGUGGCAAGAAGUUGUCUGUCUGUGUCUCACUUCAGGUGACAGCGGCACCGUGUGAUGGAUAGGCACUUUAUGUGUUAAGUGUAAUUUUCCUCUAGAAGUACUUCUAUAUUAUAAUCCUGGAACAGAUGAAGAAACCCUUGUACUAAACCCAGUAUUAAAGGACUAUCUGUGUAAACAGACUGACAGUGUAUUUCUUACAAUGCUGAGCACAGAGCAGAUGAGCAUAACUGCUGCACAAGUGUGGGCUGCUUCUCUUCAUCUCCCCCAUCCAAAAAAAUUGUUGCUGAUUUCGGAUGUUUACCGUCGUUUAGCGCUUCUCCGUGGAAUAGUAUCACCAUAGCCACAAGCUGUUGGUCAGAAGUGCCUCCUGCUUGCUUGCUUGCUAGGGGGAGUCUUUGUGGACAAGUCGUCCAUUCAGUGGUUUUUGGGUGAGGGCAGGACACAGGCCACACUUUAGGUGAGCCCAGCAGUGCUCCUGGUUUUCAGUUUUUGGUAGCUCUCAAGAGGGUUUGCUGUACAAUUCUUAGGGAGAACUUGGAAGGGCAAACCAAGAAAUGGGGUGUGGGAUAAAUUUCCUCUUUAGGAGACUAUGGUGCCUUCAUAUUGAGCAUCUCAACAAAUAGGCCUCAUAGUUGCCGUGUGUUCCUUUCUUUAAAGCAGCUAUUGUGUUGGGGCUGAAGAUGCCCAGCCAGCAACUUUCAUGUACUUGGUUUCCUCCAGUGUGUGGCUAAGGGGUGAAGUGAAGAUCCCUUCCUCCUCUAUAGGUUUCCAUUGAAUACAAUUUAGUAGAAUAUUCUUUCCUUCCUUGUACAUUUCUGGCUAGAGUCUUUCAUUGUCUCCAUUCUGGUAAUCCUCGGAAUGACCCGUGAGAUGAAAUGCAUCUUCUCACACCUUCAUCUAAUCUACACAGCAAUAUUUUAAGACUUCAUGGUCAUUAAGGGUAGCAGUUAAAAAUAGGUGGUCAGAUUUUGAUAGCAGAGUCCAGGGAGUAUAUCCCAAAUUCUGAUGAAAACAUCAACAAAGCUAUCUGGUUCAGAUUUAAGAUGGGAGGAUGUGAAUGAUUACCGUAUUUUUCGCCCCAUAGGACGCGCCGCCCCAUAGGACGCACCUAGUUUUAUUUGGGGGGGGGAAUAAAGAAAAAAAAUUAUUCCCCCCCCCCCCGGCACGAGGCUGGCGCGGGGGAAGCCCGAGCUUCCCUCGACCCCAGCCCCCAGAACAGCCUGCUAACCGCAAGCCUAGGGAGCCGCGCUGGUCUCCCUAGGGUUGCGCAGGGCUUCGUGAAGCCUGGAGAGCAAGAGGGGUCGGUGCGCACCGACCCCUCUCGCUUUCCAGGCUUCAGCGAAAGCCUGUAUUCGCCCCAUAGUACGCACACACGUUUCCCCUUCAUUUUUGAAUGGGAAAAAGUGCGUCCUAUAGGGCGGAAAAUACGGUACAUACUUGGAGUGAUUGCAUUUAUUGUAGCAGGAAUACAAAUACCACAACUGAUGGACAUGUGCCUGAAUUCUCUUAGUUCACACUGUUUCUUUCACAAAAGUCUGCACAGCCUUGCUCUAAAUUGUUGUACAGUUGAUCCUUGAAAUAAGUGCCCACCAUUAUUUUUGAGUUUUGCAGGCUCUGGUUUGCAAAAUCUAAAUGUGAUGCUGCAUUGAAAGGAAAAUAUCCCAACCCCAGUAAUUCAAGGCUACUUGCUUUCCCACCGCUGUAGAAUUUUUCAGUAGCCGGGUGUUUACGUAUAAUUGGCUGUCUGGUGGGGAUCUGAAUGUUGUAACUCAUACUCCUCUUCCCUGUUUUGCUUUGCACUUUCCCCUCUUGCCUUACUAAAUAGUUAGCAUUUUGCAUUUCUGUGCUUUCAGUAGAAUUAGUUUGACCAGUGUAGUUGCAUCACUUGUAGCUGCAUUCAUGGGGGCGGGGGGGCGGGGGGGGGAGUUAAAGUAACUUUCAUCUGCUUUAAACACACUGGAUCUUGUUCUUUCUCCUUUCACAGAUGUUUGGAAACUGGACAUUUGGUACUCUGGUUUUCACGGUUAUGGUUAUAACAGUGACAAUGAAGGUAUAGUAACACAGUUGUGACUUUGCUAUGCAUGUUUAAUUGUCUUAGAUUUCCCUAACGGUUUAGAAAGCGAGGCUUUCACGCUCCUUUUCUAGCUUUUUCUUGAAUGUUCAAGAACAACCAGAUUUAGAUGUAAACUAGGGCUGAACUGAAUUAGUCAUUUAACUUCUCACCAUUUCUCAUUUUCACAUUGAAAAUUUCACCUUUCAGUGAGGCCGAGAAAGUAGGCAUCCUGUGUCAAAUACAUUUUUGGAUUUGGGUUGUUUCAAAGGGAUCUCCUUUGGAGUUCUCAGGCAAACUUUAAAAGAAUACACCAGUUGGAAAAAAUGAUGUAGUUCCCUGUGAACCCUAAGAGGAAGUACUGGAAGAACUUGUUCUGCCACCAGCCUAGGCCAAAAGGUGUCAACUUGGGAAAGAAUCCCAGCGUUGCUUUUUUCCAACAACUGCACAGCCUUAUGGUGAACCCCCGUUAAAGAGUGGGGACCAUUUCUUUACUAAUUAAAUGUAUUUUCUACUCGGUGAUUUUUUGCCAACUUUGUUGUCUUCUUUUGCUUUUAGAUGGCUUUAGAGACUCAUUUCUGGACCUGGAUAAACCAUUUUGUUACCUGGGGUUCCAUUGUCUUUUACUUUGUAUUCUCCUUGUUCUAUGGGGGAAUUAUCUGGUAAGUGUGUGUGUGUGUGUGUUUGCAUGCCAACAGAGGAGUCAAUAUCUUGUAGUCUGUGCUAUGUGCAGGGGGUGGGAGGGGAACAUUUGCCAUGAAUGCAGUGAAGUGGAUUGAUGGAAAUAAGUUAAGCAACAGGUUUUAAAAGGUCAGUGAGCAGAAUGCAGGGUCACCGUACAUAUGCAUGUGCCCAAGAAACUUGGAUUGCUGUUACUGGCUCUUUCAAGUACUCCCCUGAGCAGGCAAGUCACAGCCCCAUGGAUCAAAAAAAUGGUGGGUAGUAUUUCAGUGGUAAAUCAUCUAGAUCAGCCUUUCUCAACCCGUGGGUCCCCAGAUGUUGUUGAACUACAACUCCCAUCACCCCUAGCUAGCAAGGCCAGAGCUCAGGGAUGAUGGGAGUUGUAGUCCAACAACAUCUGGGGACCCACAGGUUGAGAACCGCUGAUCUAGAUGCUGUAGAACCAAGGAGCAUCCCAGGACUUGAGUCAGUGAACACGCAUACAUCCCAGCGGUGUGUUAGAUAGCCAUUCCCAAAAUCUGCUCAAAAGACAAAAAAAAGGAGUGAUGACUGGUACCAGAAAUUUUAAGCUACCCCUAGAAAAUAGUAUAAAAUGUGAGUCUUCCGCUACUGGUGCCUUGCUGGGCAGCUGGGGUGUGGCAUUCUGCAUGCUUUUCUGUUUUAGCCAGUGGUAAAAAUUGAUUUGUUCUUGUUCAUUCAUCUGUUUUCCUGUAACUUGUUCUUACUAUUCCAGGCCAUUUUUGCACACCCAAGACAUGUACUUCGUAUUUGUCCAGUUGCUCUCCAGUGGCUCUGCUUGGUUUGCCAUAAUCAUCAUAGUUGUCACUUGUUUGUUUUUCGAUAUUGUGAAAAAAGUACUGUACAGACACCUGCAGCCCACAAGUACAGAAAAAGCCCAGGUAACUUGCACCUACAUGUGGUUUUUCUAACAUUAAAAGAGGAGGCUUUUACCAGGGAGGCCCCCUGCAAGUAUAAUGAACUUUUCUCUGCAUAUGAAACCUUUCCUGCAGUUCUUGGAUGAAUUACUGUGAUGCUGCUGAGCGUAAAAUAGAAAUCUCCUUCUACAUGAAGAUUGUAAAUGGUGCUUUUUCUUUUGUUAGUCUCUUGACUAGAAUGGAAGUGAAAGCGUGAUUAUUGCCAGGGAUGGAAAUUUUCAGUGAUAAAUAUUCUUGCUUAAGGUCUUAUGAAUUCUUCCAGGUACAGUCUAGCUCACUUUACUUUUAGUCACAAGUGGAUCACUGCAACUCCUCACUGAUGAUGAUUUGAUAAUCCACAUGAUUACAGCAUCAAGGGAAGUACUUUCCCCACAAUUUUCAGCUUCUCUUACACGCACAGCACCUUGGAUCAUAGUUCCUGUGCCUGGAUCUGCCCCCAGUAUUUUUCCCUUGCCCCAAGGACAAUGUCCAGAAAAGGCAUGUGUAUGUGAUUGUAAUUCCUCAAGUAACGCCAUGACAGAGCUGAGGCAAUUAUGGAUCUGUUUUGGAUGAGGCAAGACACCGGGAAGCCUGGGCACUAUAAUCUGCAAUGGAUCUGGGGAGAUAGGAAAGUGUCUAAAAUUUGGUUUGUGAACCCGACCCUCUGCAUUUGCCAGAUCACCAGAUACUACACCAGGUUUCCUCUUGAUCCUUGGCAGCCCAAAGUACUCUGUAAUGGCCUCCCGCUGUAGUGCUCCUGUCGUUUUGGGGCUGUGUUUCAGUCCUGUCAGUAGCCACUAGUUCCUGGUUCAUGUUCCGUGGAUUCCGGCAUUUAAGUCAUAGUGGGAGAUCAGCCAUUGCUGACAUGGUAGCAUGUCUUAUAAAUGUGCAUCCUAAGCAUUCAUUCUGAGUCUCAGUUCAAGCUCAGGGAACUUCUUGGCCGGAGCCAUUUGGGCAACAAAUGUGCCCUUUCUAUAUACACACGCACACAUGUGUGCCAAUAUUGCCCGUUAACUAUACAGAUUCACUAUUCUGCAUUCAGCGGAUGGCAGCUGAAUGCACAGUAGAUUCUUCCUUUCCCAGACAAGCAGAGCCAAGUAUGAGAAGAUGAUGUAGAGGCAGCGCUUCCUCUGUGUACAGCCAAACAGUAGAAGGUCCUGUCUUCUAGUGAGUUACAUGAGAAAACCCCUUCCCAGUAGCUUCUUCCUCCUUGAGCAGGCAGUAAAUCACCUGCUGUAAUACUCUGUGCUUGGCAGUCUCCGUGAGCCCUGCCUCGGCCUCUUACAAACUACUCCUGCUAGACAUGACGCAUGGAGAAGCAUCAUGGUGAUUCGUAUUAGGGUGAGGCUUGUGAAGGUUGGUCUCCUGCUGGUAUUUCCCCAUCCCUGGUUUUUGUGUGUGUGAUUAUUUGAUAAACAGAACAAUCCUCUUCUUACAUUCAGGAUGCCACAAAGUCUCAAACUGCGCCAGUGGCUAUUCAGAAUCUGUACUUAACAACUCUGACUUCCACAAUACAGCCCAUUAUAAACAAUGCCUUAAGACCGGAGCAUGUUGUGGCACAGAAUAACACUCUGUCCAAUCAGAGUGACUUGUUUAUUGCUUUGAAUUGUAGGUCUGUAAGCCACAGGAAGCCUCCUCCAGCACUUCCAAUAUCUGUAAUUCAUUUCUUAUUUGUCUUGGAAGUAGACUCCAUAUGCAACUAGCAGGGGGGGAAAUCAUUGGCUUGGAUCCCGUAGAGCAGUGUUUCCCAAACGUGGGUCUCCAACUACAUAGCCCAUCACCCCUAGCUAGCAAGACCAGUAGUCAGGGACGAUGGGAAUUGUAGUCCCCAAACAGCUGGAGACCCACUGUAGGGGCUCCCAGUGUAGGAAAAGCAGGGAGACCCCAGUUCACUCUGCAGCUCUUGGCACCAUCUUCCAUGUUGUUUGUGGGGGAGUACCCAACCCUCUGGGGCCGCUUUUCAUAGGAGGAAAGAAGAAUUGGCGAAAAUUGCUUUUCUCCAGCAGGUAUUCCCUACAAGCAGAACGCAGUUCACAGGAAGCCUGGAUCCAGCCCAGGGUGUGUGAAUCAUUGUUUUGUGCUUUAGGAAUUCAGUUCCAUUUAGAUGUUUAUUUUCCUCAGCUUAAACUUGGUAGGCGGUCCAUUAACCACCUGUGAUGCUGUACAAGGGGCAGUUGCUAGGAAAGUGCAGUUCUAGGCAUUUCUUAAACACGACUGCCAACACAGCAGCUAAUAUCUGCAUAUAAUUAUCAGUGGUCUUUCAAGACAUUUAAUGGUCCUCCAGCAAUUUGUGAUGUGCAGUUAAUAAAAUGUGAUCUGUAUUUUGUGCAUUAAUGGAAUGUCUCAUUUGAGCUGCAUCUGAAAACACCAGUCAUAUUUCCUUGUUGUUUGCAUACAGCCUAUUGAAAUCAGUCCCAUCCUUCCCAACCAUACUGAGUCAUGCCUUAAGACAUGUUUAAAACAGUUAUAAAUGUGAGUUUAGUUAAGUGCAAGGGAUGCAAAAUUCAUUCCAUGCAUUUGGAUUGUAUCUCUAACUACUUUUUGGCAGGCAACCCUCUAAUACAAAAUACUUUCUCAGGAGGUGAAAAUCAAACAUGGUCACUUUAGGGCAGUACCUCUGUUUCUCCUCGCAGUCUUACGCCUGCCAUACUUCAUGGCCCCACGUAACUCAUCAUGCAAGUGACUCGUUACAUCUCAGUUUAAUUGAUCUUUAUUUAUUGUUUUUAUUGAACUUUAUUGUAAAAUUUUCUAAAUGACCUUUCUACAAAAAGUAUCCAAACGUUGUGGUCAGAAUGGACAACAGUGGGCCUCUCGCAGAGGCAGCAAUCCUGUAUCUGGACUGCACCACAUUAGACUGGGGUUUACCCCUAUUCCUAGAAAACUGACACAUCAGGGAGAAGACAGCUAGGCUAGAAUCCUCCUGUUUGAUGUGCUAGUCUGAGCCGUCUUCCAUAUAAAUAUCUUGCAUAUACAUCACCUCAGCCCCCACCUGUUUUCUGAAUUGCUAUAGCCCAGACACAGUUGAUAACUCAAGUGACGACUAGUCCUGCAUUUGAGAGCAGAUUAGAGAAUUCUCUGCUGAUAUUUACACCACUUAAUGCAUUAUCUGAAAUUCCUGUUUAAGUUUAUUUUACCUGGCAUUUAAGAUGCUAUUUUCAGUUCAGAAAAGGAGAAAAAAUAUAUUUGGAACCGAGCACUGAGCAUUUAGCUGUAAAGGAGAAUGCAAUGAGACCCACAUUGUGUCUUUUUCCAAAAAAAAAUUAUGAAUUUCAUGUCAGUUUAUGGCUAGGGAGUCAAAGUUGAAAGUAGACAUCUAGCUGUUCCGAAGUGACACUAAAACAGCUGAAGUGAAUGUUUACUGUUCAGCUGCCUGUGUGAUUUAACUAUACAAUUAGUCUUGUUGCCACAACAAGAGUACUUGAACCACACAUCCCCUAACGAUUUUUAUAGCUUGCAGCUUUCAUGCUUAAGUAAUAAAGCAUUAAAUGUGUUUAGUGUUGAUUUGCUGUGCGUGAGCGAUGCCAAUAACAGAUGAAAAUAUGAAAUAAAUAGUAGCUCCAUUAAUCAUAAAUGGCUUCAAAUCCAUCCUCUGUAGAGACAGGUCCCCUCACUUACAGCGUGCAUUGUCAACGUACUAAUAGAAACACUCACCAACAAUGGCAUUUGAAAAAGCCUUAAAUUAAAAUUAUGUGCUCCAGUUCCUAUUAAUGAAGAAUAGUUCAUGGGGAGUCUGCUAAGGGUGUGCUUUUUUCUGUUUCCCGUUUUGUGUGCCUGUAAAAUGUUCCUUUUUGGCUCAAAGCCGCAGCUUCAGUUCACAGCGGCCAAGUUUGCAGAUGUCAUUAAGCCAAACUGUGGCUUAGCAUGAGCCCAAUGGCUCCUUCUCUGGCUUUCUUGACCUCGUAGCUAAGCCAUAGUUUGACUUAACAUGUUGUCCGAACCUAAGAUUGUGCUUAAAGUCACUCCUCCCUAACCAUGUUCUGUAGCCAAGGUCUGUCCUUUGAUUGCAAAUCAUGGUCAAGGAGACAGAGGGGCCUUAACCAUGAUCCUUGGUUUGGACGCCACGCUGUGUCAAACCUUUGCUUAGCUGCCAUCCCACACUUGCCGGAACAACCCCAAGGAGGAGCAAAGUGGAUUCAAGCUCCCCUCCAGGAGAGAGAGAGAGUGUGCAUUUGUGUGGUCACAGUAAACUGUAUUCUGGCUUACCAUGAUGUGCAAACCAGUCCAUGGUUGCUGUGCAACCUCCUUCUCUUGGCUUUUGUACCAGAGCUGAUGUAAAACUUUGUGGGAAGAAAUGACCCACGGAGGAAACCUCUUAAUUAAAAAUAUUGGUACAAACGAUGGGAUGUAAGUCAGGUUUUUGGUUUGCCUAUCCCUAUUUUCCACACCCCACCCACAUGACGGGAAUCAGAAAAUGGGAUGGCAAAGGCCAAAUGACAUGGAUGGUGUUAGAAAUUGACCUGCUUGUAUUAAAUCCCCUAUGUGGAGGAACACUGGUUUGCAGCAAGUUAAAAAGACAAAACGCAGCCAGGGAAGCCACGCUGUGCAGGUUGAGCAUAUGUUCCCCGUAACUGACACAGCCGUGCGUUAAUUCAGCGCAGUGCAUUCUUAAUGUACUGCAAACAUAAGCUUUUCCUCUCCCUUUAUCAAACCAUUACGUACAGCCCACAUUGGGCUAGGUGACGCGUGUUAACCAUUCGGAAACCAGUGUCCCUGCGCUUAUGUGCUCUGCCUACGAGAUUAGUCCCUGCGUUUUGAAAAAAGAUCUUUGCCUUUAAAGAUCCUGUCCUGUGUCUGUCUUUUUUUAUAUAUAUAAAGGUGACUGCUUCUCACUGACCUGUGUGUUCCAUCCCUUCUUUGUCCACCUGUAGAUGUACUCCAGCAGAGUUGCUUUAAGCGAGGAAUGCAUCGCACUGCAGCCAUUGUCCAGGGCUCCGAGUCAGCUGAGCAAAAUUAGGUAGAGUAGGAGGAGGAGCUCCUUACCCACUUUUAUGCAUGCUGAAGGCCAGCUAACCAGCAAUGAGAGAGAAAGGGGCAAGAGGCAUGGACAGUGGUGUGGACUGAGAGCGCAGUAGUGGCAGCGCACAUUCGUGCCUUCCUGUCUCCCACACAGCCCUUAGCUUCGCUCUGUGUUUGCAGACCCAAACGCAGCAUGCAUUUUAAAACAAAAAUAGUUCUUCUUGGGGGGCUUGGGCGGGUGGGGGAGAGGUUGCAAGCAUGACGAUCAGUGUUCAGAAUCCCAAGUCUACUCCCCGCUCUGCUGUAUAAAAUAACUAAAAUCCUUCAAGCAUGGUCCCAGCGCUUCUGCUUAACUUAACCAUCCAUGAUGUUAACUGCUUUUUGCAUGUCGGACAGUUUCAGCUGCAGCAAACAUAACUGUUCAUUCUUGACUACUUUGACUUUUGCUAAUUUGAUUUAAAAAAACAAAAAAGCACAAGUAAUGGGCAACUUCCUUGUGGUUUGUGUAUAUAUGUGUAAAUUUUGUGCAGCUUUAUAUUGUGUUUUGCACCGGAAUGCCCUAUGGAUGUGUUUAUUGUAAGCAAGGGGUUGAUGGGACGGUGUUGAUUAGACUGAGUGAAUGCAUUACCAGCCGAAACAUACUUCACUUGAACAGCAGGUGAUAAUCUACAGGGACUUAAAGAGAGCAAAUAAAGGAGAAAUUUGCACAAAAAUAAAGGCCCAGUUUAAAGGCCUCUAGGCCUCCAGCUCUGCUCUUCAUCCAUGUUAUAAGGUGGUGUUUCUCAUCCAAGGUUUAAAACUGACAUCCCGAAUUAAACUGUGAAUUACAAAUUCAGACAUGCCUACCUUUCUGAGCUUAACAUGCCAAGAUAUGUACAAGCCUUCUGCCCAUGUGCUCUGCCCUCGUAUUGGCCCUUUCCUGCCUUUUGGAUGCACCGCGAUUCACUUCCUGGAUCAAUCUGCCAUAGUUCCAGGUUGCUUCUGAAUCGGGGAAUUUUAAAACACAGUUGGAAGUUGCUUUUAAGGUCCUGGUCUGUUCUGGCUGUGGUAACUGUAGUUUUUCAGCUCAGACAUAAUGGAGAGCUACGGUCAAUUAAACUUGGAAGUAUUCUUUCAUGAUGGGCCGAGAAAGGGGCAGUUCAAGGUCAGAGCAUGUGCACACAAGGCUCGUGCAUACCUUAGUGAAUUAAGUCAAUAUACAUUUCUCCGAACUGGGCUGGUGUGUGACAGCACAAGGGAAAAAAACUGAAUUGGUUUUGCAGCGGAGUCAAUACAGAUGUUUCCUUGGCAGUAUGUAAGCAAACACGUUCCGAUCUGACCUGUCAAAAAUUUGAACGGUCAAGACUUCUUGUCCCUGGCGGGUAGAAUGCCAUCACAAUAAGUACUAAUAAUGUGUCAGCAUUUACUUGGAUAUUUGGAAGUACUCAUAUGAUGUCUUAGGUACUCUUGGGGCAUCACACAGGCUUUUGUGGUUUUCAGCCUAUCCAAAGCACAUUUCCCCGUUCACAUAGUUUUAAGCCGAUAGCAUAUCUUACAGUGAUUGACUACUCCUUCCGCAUUUUUGUGUGUGGGCAGCCCUCUGCUUUCUGCCUUGGGUGUUGAUGCCCCCAAGUGGGUUUAGCAUCACCUGUUGCUCGAAGGCAGGAAACUGGGAGAAAUGAAACUUGGCCACUGAAGUACUUGCGCUUCUUCUAGCCAUACCACACCAUACAAGUGGCUCAUUCCAUUUAUCUUUCUUUUCAAAAGUCGUAAGCAGCCUUUCUGCUAUGGUGGUGGUGUGGAAGUGUAGUGGGAAAGGUCAGAAAGCUGACACAGAACAGUGAAAACACAAACCACCCGAGUGCUUUUGCAGAAUGACUUGAUUUUCAGCUUGAUUUCUGUCAUUUAAUAGUAAAUAUUGAUGUUUCCCAAGGCAUUAAAUCUCACAAGAAGAACUCUGCUCCAUCUGAUAAAGGCGUGUUCUAGCCCAGCAUCCUGUUUCCUAUGGGAUGCCCACAAGCCAGGAUUUACAUGGCAUAGCAUUCUACCCACUUGCGGUCCCCAGAAGCAGGUAUUUAGAACCACACUGCCUCCAACAGUGGUUACUAGUCACUGUGGUUGGUAACCACUGACAGCCUUAAUCUCCAUUAAUAUGGUUAACCUAUUAAACCUCUUGAAGUUGGUAGUAGUACAGCUUUAGCCAGCAAAUCCCAUAAACUAGCUCAGGGUUUCCCAGACUUGGGUCCCCAGCUGUUUUUGGACUACAGCUCCCAUCAUCCCUGACCACUGGUCCUGCCAGCUAGGGAUGAUGGGAGUUGUAGUCAGACAAAGCUGGAGACCCACAUUCAGGAAACCCUGGUCUGGCUAUUCAGUGUGUGAAGUGCUUCCUUCUGUCUGUCCUGAAUCCUCAGCCAUCCAUCUUGCAAUAGAUGGUCUCAGGUUCUGGCAUUAUGAGAGAGGGAGAAACCUCUCUGCACCGUCCCCAUGCCAUGCAUAAUUUUACAUACCACUCUUUUGUUUCCUCCUCCUCACGUUUUUCUCCAAAACAUUUUAGCCUUUGCUCAUAGGGCACUUGUUCCAACCACUUCAUGAUUUUGGUUUCCCUUUUCUUCAGCUUUCCUGGCAAUAAUAUAAUGGGGUACAUCAACCAGAAUCAUACAUGAUAUUCCAAGUGCCAUCAGACCAUAAAUUUGUAUAAAGACAUUAUGAUGUUGCCGGUUUUAUUUUUUGGGUUCUUUCCGUGGAAUUCGCCCCGUUCUCAGCAACCGCAUGCAGGGGCAACAUUUACAUUGAGCUAUCAACUAUGAUCCAAAAUCCCUUUCCUAGUCCCUUUAGUAGCUGGCGCCUACUAAAUGUCAGAAUCAAAAACCCGAUUCCAUGGUUGCUGCAAUCAAUGACCCAGUAUCUCUCUUUUGAUCUUCAACAACAAUAACAAAUUCUAAUGAUGUAUUGGCAAUAGAAAUGAAGAAAACCUUAGUCUGGAAGCAGUGGUGGAUUCUGCUGUUUUCCAGACAUGAGUAAGUCAUUCCGGACAUUAGUUUUGCAGACAUGAAUAAAUGGGUCCCUGUAUCUCCGUUUAUAUGCUGCUUUUCUUCUGUUGUCAAUAAACUCUCAAGCAUUUCUGCACCUUUCAUCAGAAUAGCAGCUUUCAAGUAACAGAAAUAUUAAGGAUAAUGUUGAUUGUGAACGGAGUUAAGACUCGACAGAAACAUUAAAUCAGCACCGCAUAAUUGUGGGUGUUUCCCAGCAUACCUUGCUAAAUCUGCAAAAGAUAAAGUAUUUAGCUUAUGACCUCCAAUUUUUAACGCAGGCUUCCUCAAACUUGGCCCUCCAGAUGUUUUUGAGACUACAGUUCCCAUCAUCCCUGACCACUGGUCCUGCUAGGUAAGGAUCAUGGGAGUUGUAGGCCAAAAACAUCUGGAGGGCCAAGUUUGAGGCAGCCUGCUUUAACAGUUCUUCAGGUUUACUGAUAAAUGACCCCUCCCAUGUAAAAUGUUAAUUACCAUUUACAAGGAAGGCCAAAAAGGACUCCACAUGGCACUGUAGCUUCAUCGGUAAAUGUAUUGAGCCUAGGACAUGUGGUUUGGCUAUUUUGUUAACUAUCCACUGCUGGAAGAGUUGAUAUGCUAAAAACUCAAUUGGACCAGUGUAGUGUUUAAGGUCAUAUCAGUUCUUCCUUGCCUGGAGGUGCAGGAAUGAGCAUGCCACCAUAUUACAGAGCCCACAGAAGCAUAAAGCCUUGAACUCAACGGCUUUCUAUCUUUAAAGCGUGUGAACAAAUUUGUAAAGCAGGAUAUGGAUCGCUUUAAUGGAUAAAUGUCUAAUAGACUGUAGUUCCACUGAGCUUACAGGACUAAGGCUGCACACGUGAGAGUAAAUACCAUUGGACUUGGUGGCAUUUACUUCUGAGGAUCAGGCUGCAAGCCCCCUCAAAUUUAAAGCUAUUCUGCCUAAUUCCCUGUUUCCAGGAGAAAGUUGUGUUCCAAGCCUGGGGCAUUGGCCAGAGUGCCUUCACAAAAGACGCUCUGAAAUCUGAAGUUCUAAUUUUGAAGCUUGCAGAUACUGCAGUUAAAAAUGAAUUGCUAGUUUUUAUGGAAAGCUGACUUGGCAGUAUGCUACUUUAAAAAGCCCUUGGAGGUUUUUACUGAUCAAGUAGUAUGUGAAUCUUGUCAAAUGCAAAAUAAAUACCAAUUAUCAAAGCCCAUUGCAAAUCAGUACUGUACUGAAAAACAAUGAGCAUAGUAAUUACCUUUAGAUUUGUUUAGAUCAGUGUUUCCCGCACUUGUGUCUCCUGCUGGUUUUGGACAAACUCCCAUCAUCCCUAGCUAGCAAGACCAGGGGUCAGGAAUGUUGGCAACUGUAGUCCGAAAACAGUUGGAGACACAAUUUUGGGAAACCCUGGUUUAGAUCUCAUGCUUUUUGCUUUUACUAAUAUAAAAUAAUUAUUGUGCAACUUCUUGCUGCCAUCAGAGCAUCCAGAUCUAAUCUUGAACAAUAUCUCAUGUAAAUGACAUUAUUUCCCCAGGAAUGAAUCCCUCAUUGCUCAUUCUGAAGUUGUGGAGUAAAUCAGGCAGGAACCAGGAGCAUGUUGACCCAAAGCGAUAGUAAGGUGGUUUAAAUAUGCUUUUAGUAAAAGUUAUAACAGUCGAUAGAAUAGUGCCAUUAGAUAUUGUACAUGAUGUACUGUACAUUGAAAAGGGAUGCUGAAGCAGCUUUUAGGAAUUAACUCCUUUCUAGCAGAAGCACAUGCAAAACAGUUUUGUUUUAAAGCCCUGAUUUGUUUAUGUACGUCAUGAAUUGGAUUUCUUGCAUUAUAUUUACAAGAUAAUGAAAAUUCAUUCCCGCCCGUUUCAUCUUUUCUCAGCGAAGCUCACUUGCAUUACUGAAAAGCAACUGUCUUCAGUAAUGCUGAGGUCCGUAUUUACCCUGCAAGGAAGAGCAUAUUCUGUGAAAUCACAACUGAGGCAGGGGGUGGAUCCAGGAGCAUUCUGGCAACUUGACCAUAAGUCAUUGCAAGCUGCUGUAGAGAGAGAGAAAAAGAGAGAAAGAAGCCACUCCCUCUGUGGUCAUCAGAUAUACCUUGGCAAACCAAGAGAACUGGAAUUUUUCAUUCUGUUCUCAGAGCAAGUUGUAGGAGCGGGAGGAAAGGUUGAUUGUAUUAUAAUUAUUAUUAAUUGCAUUUAUAUCCCACAUUUUCCUCCAAAGAGCUCAAGAUGGGAAACAUUGUUCUUCCCACUCUCACUUAAUCCCUACAGCCCUGUGCGGUAGAUUGGGCUGAGAGGCAGUGACUGGCCCCAGGUCACCCAGUGAGCUUCAUGGAUGACUGGGGUUUGAAACCUGGUCUCCCAAGUCCUUGUCUCGACACUAAUCACUAUACCUUGACACUAAUCACAGGCUUGAGUUUCUACAUCUUUUUGUCUUAAAUUAGCCACUGUCCCUGGGUCUAGUUCAGCUAGCAGGGUGUGCUGCUUAAGCCAUUAGCCUUUGACGCAUCUCGCCCCACAAUUCAUCACAAUUUAUGCAGCCACCAGCUGUGGAAACUGUAAGACCAGCCAUGCUCAAGUGCCAGUAUGCUUCUCUUGGGUCCAGUAAAGCAAAAGUCUGUAGCCUUUUUCAUGGUACUCGCCAUUAUUGUGCAAGGUGCUAUACAGAACACGGGGGGUGGCACUCGAGACACCCUGGUUUGCAGGUUACGUCCCCCAGUGGAUUAAAGUGCCACAAUUGCUGCAUUGCUCAAGGACAGAACCAAAUAUCUUCAGAAAACACUUAUGACAGAUUGCUGAUUAAACAUUUGCAUCUACUCUGCUUAAUUUUUGUUUUCUGUUCGCUGGCGUUUCAGCUUGUGGGUAAGCAAAUUGCGUACACUAGCAUCGAGAAUGUUGCCCUGAGCGCCUCAUUUACUUGAGUGUAAUGGCUGUCUUUAUUUCUGUAGAACGGCUGGGUGCUUUAUAAGGUCUGUUGCUUUUUGUGUCCUUUUUUAGAUGGAAGAAGAAAGGGGUUCAGUCACCCCAGCAUGUGAUUUUACUGAAGGCAGGCACAGAGGGGAGGACAGCAGGCAACUGCUAGCAGAUGCCCUUAGGCAGCGAGAGUGACCGUGUGCCCUAGGUAGUACCCGAGUUCUAUAUCCUAAUAAUCUAGCUCAUCAUGAAUCGAUUCAUCUGUGGUGCCCUGUGCCCUGCACUUUUCACCAUGAAGCACUUUUGACAUCUUGGCAUGCCUCUGGUUUUGUGUUUUUCCUAACAAACUUGAUCACUAAUAUUGUCACAUUGAUUUAAUUUGGUUUCUUAAUUCCAUUAAGAACUAAUAGGGUGGGGUGAGAUGCGCUGUAUUGCAGUCUUUUAAAAAGCGUUUUAAGAGCACUGAUUAUAUUUAAAGUAGGGAUGGCUAGUCCUCCUGGAUGUUUUUGAACUCCCAAGUCCCAUCAGCCCCAAGUAAUAUGGUCAGUGUUCAAGAAUGAUGGGAAGGCCACUUGUUGGUUAUCCUCCUCGGAAAUGUUGCAGACUUCAGCUAGUUCCUCUUAUUUUUGUAGUCUGUAGUCUGGUCUGUUGCUUGGUGUCCAUAGAACAUUUUUCCCCUUCUGGGAAAGGACUUCCUGGGUAGGACCCAAAGAGAUCUGUCUGUAGGAGGGCCCAUUAGUUUUCUCUUCUUCCUGUUGUCUCUUGGACCUCUCUGAGCACCACUGGAGGGUUGGGGACCCACCAGAGAGGUGGGGUGGGUGGGUAUGUGCAAGGAACCUGAAGCGUCCAGGGGCACUGUUCUCAAAUGUAGUCAAAUAUGUCUUGGUAAGUCGAAGUUGGGAGAAGAUUGAUUUUAUUUCGGCAGGACUGUGGUGACGUGGGAGUGAAUGGAAGAAAGAGGAGAGAAGGGCAUUAAGCUUAAUAAUAAUAAUAAUAAUAAUAAUAAUAAUUUUAUUAUUUAUACCCCGCCCAUCUGGCUGGGCUUCCCCAGCCACUCUGGGUGGCUCCCAACAGAAAAUUAAAAACACGAUAAAACGUCAAACAUUAAAAGGUUCCCUAAACAGGGCUGCCUUCAGAUGUCUUCUAAAAGUCAGAGAGUUGUUUAUUUCCUUGACAUCUGAUGGGAGGGCGUUCCACAGGGCGGGUGCCACUACCGAGAAGGCCCUCUGCCUGAUUCCCUGUAACUUCACUUCUCACAGGGAGGGAACCACCAGAAGGCCCUCGGAGCUGGACCUCAGUGUCCGGGCUGAAUGAUGGGGGUGUAGAUGCUCCUUCAGCUAUACUGGGCUGAGGCCAUUUAGGGCAGGGGUGUGCAGACUUUAGGCUUAUGAGUCUUACAGUAGAAAAUGGCUGUUUAAGUGCCAGCGAUAAGCUUCAAUUCAAUUGACAAUUGCAGCGUUUGUGAGAUUUCUGAAAUGUGGUUUUGAAAUUGUACAAAAAGUUGUGACACUUCUGACAUGGGUUUCAGCUAAGAUGUUCAACCGUGUAUGUAAUUGUUGCUUUCCCCCUCACUAACCAUUUGGGGGGUUUUUUGGGGGGGGGGUCCUCAGUGCCUUUCUUUCCGCUAGCCGGUUUCAUACUAACUAAUAGGACAAGCCUACUUUUUUGUUGUUCAUUUCAGCUUGAAUGCCCCGCUGCUUGUUUACCCUUUGUGCUAUUGGCGGUUGUUAAUGUUACUACUUUAAACAUGUUUUCCCCCCCUCCUUUGCCCAGCUGUCUCCCCAAACUCCCUAAUUCAAGUGGAAAUAAUUUUAUUCAUUGGUAUUUGUACCACACACUUCCUCCAAGGAGCUCCAAUCACCUGCCUUCUCAGGUUUAGCACCUUGACGCCACAUAAGAAAACGGAUGUCCCUUCGUUUGUUUCUCGAUAAAAAUCAUCCCUGCUGUCACGGUAGCAGCAGCAGCAGCUGUUGGCAGGAUGUCAGGCAUAUGCCAAUUCAAAAUGGUUUCCUCGUCGUUUCCUUUUAUUUCUCUCCAUUUACGCAGCCACAGAAGUGAUUCCCACUUGUUGAGUUCAAACCUAGCAGGUCAAUGAGACUUUGUCAGUAGGUUUCCGAGUCAAAUCUGCUUUUGACCUUGUGGGCACUGCUGGAAAGUGGGGAAGGCAACAAUGGGGGCAAAAGUAUGGUCUGCGUUAGGCCAAUGAGACCUAAAGAGAAAGCAGAAGUAGCUAGUGGGGCACCAUGGGUCAGGGAUGAGGGGUGAGUAUCCUGGGUCCCAGACCUUGUAGCUAAUGUUGUUGUUUUGGUUUCCCAUUUUGGAUCUAGUGCAGAAGAAAGUGCUCCCAUUAAUGGCAAGGUGUCCAGGUUUUAAAUCAGGGGUCAGCAACCUUUUUCAGCCGUGGGCCGGACUAUAUUUUGAAAAUAAAUAAAUAAACGAAUUCCUAUGCCCCACAAAUAACCCAGAGGAUGCAUUUUAAAUAAAAGGCCACAUUCUACUCAUGUAAAAACACCAGGCAGGCUCCACAAAUAACCCACAGAUGUAUUUUAAAUAAAAGGCCACAUUCUACUCAUGUAAAAACACGCUGAUUCCCGGACCAUCCGCAGGCUGGAUUGAGAAGGUGAUUGGGCCGCAUCCGGCCCCCGGGCCUUAGGUUGCCUACCCCUGUUUUAAAUGGUGCCCCAUCACUGCUGCACCUCCAUUAUACUGAAUUGCCCAACAUAAGUUUACAGGAUCUACAAGAAGGAUGCAUGUAGGCUAGCUCAUACGUAUUGCUUUCAGGCUCCUAAGAUUUGUCUUGCUUCCCCCCCCCCCUUUUUCUCUAAAGAGGUUUGUGACCUGUAAUAGCAAAGAAAGGAAAAAAGAAAAGGAAUCUGAUACGCUAAUCUCUCCUUUGUCUUCCCCACCCCCUCAGCUUACUGAGACAAGUGCAGGUAUCAACUGCUUGGACUCCAUGUGCUGCUUCUCAGAUGGAGAAACAGCAUGUGCGCCUCUUAGAAGAAUGCUGGAGCGAAUGAUGGGGAGCUGCAGCCCGACGCGAAUCAACAGGUGUGGAAUUUCUCUCAAUUGCCUUUGCUGCCGACGGUUCUCUUAUAAACUGGAGCACGACGAGCCGGCAGCUGUAGAUGUCUAAGGAAAGGCAGGAGGCGCUCCUCAUAGGGCCCACCCCCCUUUUUUAUUUUUGGAUCUCAAAAGAUCAGUGUUUCUGCUUCUCCUGGAAGCCCUUUCAGUGGAGCGCAAGGAAGGAAGCUGCCUUUGUAUUUGUAUUUGGUUCCGAAAACUUCUUGAAUUUUUCCCGCGACGUCGUCCGAUCCAGCAGCUGCAGUGUGCCUAGAGCGGCUUUGACAUACGCAUGAAGCUGCACAUGAGCCGGGGCUCCCCUGCUCUCUGCAAUACCAACAAGUGAUCUGAGUGCAUUUGCCAGGGAGCAGAAGAGAGUAGCUUCUGCUCAUGCCAAGCUUUGUGCGUGUGCCGCAGUCCAAAAAAAGCUCCGUUUUUGGCUUCUCCUUUUCUUGUGUGCAUAUAUCAAUGUGAUUUCCCCCCUCCUCUCUUGCCUUGUAUUUCCUUUUCCUCAAAAUCUGAUCACUGUCCUGAUUUAUUCCCCUGAUUUAGCUCUUCCUUGUGUUCGCAAAUUAGAAAACGGUUUGUGCAAUCCCUUGUUUGUUCAGUGUCUGUCUGCUCACUAGUCAUAUAUUGCAGUGUCUGAUUCUAGUUAUACAAAGGUUGCAUUUUCUCCCCUGAAAUAUAACUUCCUCUGCAAAUGUAAACGCUUUGGGGAGGGUGUUAUUUUAUUUUGGGGCUUUUAUUUGUUCAUUGGCAGUGUUUUGUUUUUUUUAAAAAAUACUUUUAAAACAAUAUGGAACAGGAGUUUUAUAUACGUACAAUUGAAUAGCAAAACUUGACGGAACCAAAGCAGCUCAAUAUAACAGUUUUUAAAUUUUCGGGACUUUUCUACUUCUAUCUGCAAUACAUGCCAUUCAGAAAUCAGUGCUAAAUGUUCUUUCAGUUGUAGAUACCUAUUUUUUAUUAUUUUAAAAAAAGCAGUAUAUCCAAUAGAGCCCAUAUAAAUAUCCUUGACGAGCACUAUUAUGUUUGGAACCGUUUUAAAACAGCAAAUUUUAGAAUCUGCAGAAUUUGUCUGCAACUUCGUCCUUCUGCUGAAACUAGGGUAGCCGGGAGGAAACAGCGUGACACAAACACAGAGAGAUAUUUGUGGGGUAGAAAAUCACCUGUUGCAGCUGAGUUUCUCCUAACACCUCCGAUUGAUAACCACGUUCUGGAAAAUCAUAGCCACUUCACUCCCCCUCCGGCCCUGCGGCCACCGUACUACUCGGAGCUAAACCAUGGAUAGACCUAGAGUUACGUGCAAAUCUGGCUCACGUGCCAACAUGCCACGAGCGGCUACUCAAGGGGGAAAAAAUUGCCUGUUGCAGCUCAUGGUUUUCUGGAAGUGAGACAAACCAUGAGCACAGAUUCCUAUGCAAGGCAAGAGUGUGCAGCCGUGGUUUAGCUCUGAGUAGCAGCAGCAGCAAGACUGGGGGGUGGAGCGAAGCUCUCUUGUUCUCGCUAAGCGAUCGUUGGGUUUAGUGUUAUAUGCAAACCAGGCCAAUAUCACAAAGGUUCUGGCUAUGCAUGGUGUUCACAAAAGGUAGGUAUAAUCUGCUUCAUGUUCAACUUUGGCUAACAAUUCUGAUGGUUUUUGCUUUUGUUUCUGCAUCUAUAAGUGUAUGACCAGCAUGUUGUGACUAAAGUCUCCUAUUUGACAGAAUAGUACCCUCUCAAACUUACCAUGCAUCUUAAAAAGCAAUCCGAGAACAUGACUUGGCAGCAUCGCAGCGCACCCCACAGCAUUUUCUGUUUUGGUUUUAAAUUCUGCUGAAAUAAUUUGGUUUCCCUUUAGAUCAGCCUUUCUCAACCUGUGGGUCCCCAGAUGUUGUUGAACUACAACUCCCAUCAACCCUAGCUAGCAAGGCCAGAGCUCAGGGAUGAUGGGAGUUGUAGUCCAACAACAUCCGGGGACCCACAAGUUGGGAACCGCUGCUUUAGAUCAUCACUUGAAAGAGACUUAAUAAUUUUCCUGGCCCAGUUUUACUUUGUAAAUUGCACAGCACCGUUCCUCAGACAGUUUGGAAUUGUAGCUCGUCUCUUCGCCAAGAUUAUAAUGCAGCAAUUGUAGAGUAAAAGUUGAUUCCCUAAAAUCAUGGAUUUAGAGCAGUUGUGCUCUAGACAUGGAGUAGAUGUUGCCCAAAUCACUGUGAUCUGAGACAGGCAGGACAGUAUCAGUCUUCAGUAUUUCUUCCCCGAAUCUAUCGGAGCACUGAGAUGUGCACCCAGAAUAAACUCUUGGGCACCUGAAGUCCUCAUUCACUUUCAUGAAAGGCUGCAGAGCAUGUAUUCAGAUCAGCUGCUGCACCGGGAAUGAAUGGGGGGCCUCAGUGUCUGUCCUGAGUCAUUGGACCAGGGUGAAAUAAAUAAGCUUAGUGACAGUAGACUCGCCAUGUGCUUAUGACUGAUAACACUUUGGGUGUGAGCUGAGAACUUUCUAGUUAUCUGUCCCAGGAUUGUCUGCUGUCAGAUGAAACACACGUCUUCAGGCUCUGUUUUCCAUAUGAUUGGUAGUAUAGGUAGAACGCCUGUUUCAGCCAUUUCAGUUAUCCACUUCCAGUAUUACAAUUUUUCCACUUGGCCAACAGUAUCCAUCAAGUCUCUUGACUUACCCAUGCUAACAAUUUACCUGGUUUAUUGGCUCGAAGACAUUGUGUGACACCCAUGAUUACCAGCACUGAAUAUUCUGUCAAAUAAGAGAACUGGAAUGUGAAAUCAGUACCUGGUGACAUUCUGAAUGGGAAUGCUUUUGUUCCAUCUAAUGGUGUUAAAUGCUUGGAGUGAAGGGGAAAUGGGUACAGCACAUGAAAUCCUCUUUUAAUGCUUUAAAAUUAAAAUAUGAUUUCUAUUCUGAGCUUUCAUUGAUUUUUCAAAACAAGAAUUUGUGCAUGACUUUUCUAAGUUGCCAAAAUAUGUUGCUCGUCUGUCUUCCAUCAAUCAAACUGUUCGUCAUUGCAUUAGUCACUCAAGUGCUAAUACUGGAUCCUGUGGUUUUAUUAACGAUACAUGUUCACAGCUACUUCCUCAAGAUAUUUCAGAUAGCUGGGAUGGAGAUGGAUGUUUCCAUUAUUAUUUAUUUUUGGUUUUUGUUCUGAAUGUGUUUUUUUUUAAACUUCCCAAUCAGUACCUGUGCUCAUUUACACCUUUCUCCCGAAAUACAUGUGGCACAAUUGCAUGCCACUAAUACGCAUCUUUAACAAAGGUUUCGCGCUCGUCCCAAUGAGAGGAAAAUAUUCCACAAUGGCUAGACGAUCCUGCUCUUCACUGCAUACCACGAGUGACUAACCUAUGGCCCCUUCCAUAUGUUGACUUGCAAUUCUCAUUGGCACCAUCAAGUGUUGCCAAUUGUCAGGGAUGGUGGAUAUUGUUCUGGGGGGCCAUAGGUUAGCCACCUCUAGUGCAUGAUAAGCAGCAAUUCCCCUGUAGACAAUCCUGAGAAUCCUCCACAGGAGUUGGGUUCCGAAUCAUGGCCACUACAUGAAAACAAGCCCCAUAUGUGUAAAGGGGCAUAAUUGUUUACAUAAUUAUGAGCUAGUAAUAGGGGUGCUUCUAACAUGAAGCUUUCCCCCAUUUUUCUUCUGCAGACUGGGAAUGUUCUGCAUCUCUGUUGAUUGCAUCCAAAAUGUUACAAAGCACAGAUUUGAAACCCAGGGCCCUUCCAGAUGAUGCCCAUGAUCAUCUCUGGAAAACACGGACCCUUGGCUCACUUCCUUUUGCUUUUAUUUUUUUUAAUCCCUUUAAAAUCCCCCUCCCCACUUUUUUUCCAAACAGAAAUUCACAUUUCCAGUCAGCAAAACUUUUUUCUUAUUGUUACUUUAGAUCAUGGAGCUCUACGGAACCCUUCUAUACCAACGACCGAAGCAUCUUGACGUUGUCCACAAUGGACUCAAUCAUAUGUUGA